AAUGGCUUUAAAGGAGGAUUACGCAGAUUCAUGGAGGAGAGGGCUACUAAUGGCUACCACUAGCUGUGAUGGAUAGCUAUGCUGUGCCUCCAACAGCUGGAGGCCAUAAAUGUUUCCAAAACCGCAGGAGAGGGAAGGAGCUCUUAUGCUGGAAUCCUGGCUUCCCACAGACAUCUUGGUGGUCCCGCGUUGGAGGGACCUGAUCCAGCAAGGCUGCUCUUACACCCUUAGAUACCAGGGUUGGGCGUGCCCAAAUGUACCUGCCCUGCGCCCCCUAACUUAACCCGGGGUCAGCGUUGAAGGGCCAGCCAUGUUCGGCUGCCUUCUGCGCUGAACAAGAGUGGCGCCAUCUUGUCCUUCCACCCUCAGGCAGCGAGGCCUUUGCGGGCCAGAGCCGGCGUGCCAAAAACGGAACAUAACGAUCGAUAUAUUUAUUUUUAUUCGAAGUGGAAGCGAAUUCCCACACGGGGGUAGCCCUGCGCCGUGUGAGGGAACAGCCGCCGGCGCCGGCAGUCCUUCCUGGAAGAGCCCGAGGCCUAGGAAAGGAGCCAGGCCUCCUCGCCAUGGCCCGCCUCGGGAGACCCCCGCCGCGCCGCAGCCGCCCUCGCUUCGAACCCGGCCGACCGAGCCCGCGCUCUCCCCGCGGCUCAUGGCGGGCCUGCGCGAGGAGCUCCGCCGCCUGAGGGGGAGGCCGGAGCGUAGGCCUCGCGCGCCUCCUCCCCGUCCCCACCUCCGCGGCCGGCUGGCUGGCUGGUUGGCGGGGCGGGGAGACGUGGCGGCGGCGGAGGCGCCUCUCGCUCCGGCCGCCGAGCGACGUGUGCGAGCGUGAGGGGCUCCGCUGGGCCCCGCCUAGGCCGGGCGGGCGGGCAGGCCAGGCCCCGGCCGGGAGGGACGGCGCGGAAGGGAGGAGGGCAUGUCGGCAUGCGGAGGACCCGGACUUGACUCCGGCCUUCCCUCAGCGCCUCCCGAGGCUCCGCAACACCAGCAGCAGGAGGAGGAGAAGAAGGAGGAGGAAGAGAAGGAGAAGAAGCCGCAGCCCCCGUGGCUCGGCGCUUCCCGCAUGGCCCGGCGGCCCGAGGUCCUGUGCGGCGCCGCGGUGGUGCUGAGCUGCGCUCUCCUGGUCGCCCUCAAAGUCACCUGCAGGUAAGCCAAGGCGCACCUGAGGAGGGGGGGCUCAGGUUGGGCCUUUCUGCCCAUGCCCAGGUGUGGGGGGCACCUGGAAACGCGUGGGGGUGCAAAAUGCAAAGCCUCCCCUUGCACAAAGGAGCCCCAUCAACCCGUGCAGGAGUCCAAGCAGGUUUAAUCCGAAUCAGUUGCCCCAGCAAGCUAAUGAGGUGUGGGGGUGGAAGGGAGUGGCAGCUUCUCCCGAGCGGCUUCACCUGGGAAAGAGAGAGGUGGUAUAUUAUUAUUAUUAUUAUUAUUAUUAUUGAAGUACAGUAGGGUCGUGUGGGGAAGAGGAAGAAGAGGCUGUCUGUGGACCUGGUCUCUCUUCUCUCUCCCGCCCAUCCAAGCAGCAACUGCCAGAGCAUCCCUGGGCAUAAGCAGAGCGCUGGGUGUUGGGGCCAUUCAGAGCACCAUCAAUGCUGCAGCUUGGUGGGUAGGGCAUCUGUUUCGCAGGCAGAAGGUCCUGGGUCCUGGCCCAAGCAGGUCUGAAAUGCUGGAGAGCUGCUGCCAGUCCGUGUGGACAUUACUGAGCUAGAUGGGGCCAAUGGUCUGACUCUGUAUAAGGCACUUCCUGCAUAAUAUUCUAGGUAGAGCUUAAGGCAUAGCCCUUUUCCUGUUGUUUGUCAUUGUGGUCGUUGCCCCCCCCCAAAAAAAAAUCCCCUUGAGCGCCCCCCCCCCCCAGGAUAGAUUGCCUUCUUUAGGGAUCAUGGUUAACAGCUGCUGAUUGACCUGGCCACCAGGAUUGUAUUCUAAUCUUUUUUUUUAAAAAAAGACCCCUAAUGAAAUCUAAUUGCAUCUAAUUCAGUACCCCGUUUGCAACAACAGUCAGUCAGAUGCCUUUGGAAGGCCCCUCCCCCCAGAAAGCAUGGCAGUAAAGUGAUGGUCUUCCCUCACUGAUUGGUCCCAGGAUCUGACAUUGAGAGGUAUACUGCCUGAGUACAUGGGGCUCCAUUUAGCUGUCAUGGCUAGCAGCUGUUGAUAGGUUUGUCCUGCAUUCAUUUGUCACCUGUUUGGAAAAAAACCGCUGUCCUGUUGGUUCCAUCAAGCCAGUGCCUUUGACAUGGAUGAGCUACCGUGUAAUUUGUCUACAAAAAAGGGAUGUGGGUGGCGUUGUGGGUUAAACCACAGAGCCUAGGACUUGCCGAUCAGAAGGUCGGCGGUUCAAAUCCCCGCGACGGGGUGAGCUCCCGUUGCUCGGUCCCAGCUCCUGCCAACCUAGCAGUUCGAAAGCACCUCAAAGUACAAGUAGAUAAAUAGGUACCGCUCCGGCGGGAAGGUAAACGGUGUUUCCGUCUGCUGCUCUGGUUCGCUAGAAGCGGCUUAGUCAUGCUGGCCACAUGACCUGGAAGCUGUACGCCGGCUCCCUCGGCCAAUAAAGCGAGAUGAACGCCGCAACCCCAGAGUCGGCCACGACUGGACCUAAUGGUCAGGGGUCCCUUUACCUUUAAUUUGUCUACAAUGAAUUAGUUACUACUGCUACCUGCCUUUUUUUACUCUUCGUUGGGUCUUUCCUUCCCUCCUCCAACCGUUCUGUGACUCAUAGAUGCAUUUACAUUGCACAUUGUGCCAUCUUUUGACAUUCGGCCACAUGCUACAUGAAAUUUCUCCUAUUGCAUUUGAAGUGCCAUGGAACUUGCAGUGUGUGAUCUGUGGUAUCUGGUUCACGUAUUAAAAGCUAUUGCUUGGGGUUUGGAAGUUUGGUAAUGUUAUUCAAGGCUGUUUCAGUCCUUACGUUUUUAAGAUGUGCUUGCGAAUUGAUCUUCAUGUGCAUGUAAAAAUCUAACAUCUGAAUGUGGCAAAAGAAUGUUUACAAGCAAGUUCGUGGUGCAGAAACCUUGAACAGGAAGCCACAAGGAGUGUACAUAUAAGCGGCAAGUCCGGGUUUGUGUCCAUGAAACACUUGACGUGUCCCUAGUUUUGAUUUUGACUAGUGUACAAGGCAUCAGGCAAGAGGGUUUCAGGUAGCCAAGGCUGCACAAAAAUGUUGGCAGCUCUUGUUUCAGGUCCUGCAUCUUUUUCCGUAAUCAUGUUUGCAGCCAUGAGAACUGUACACAUGUACUUUGCGCAGAAAAGGGUUUCAGUAGGAUUAAAAAACCCCACAAUGCAUUUUGAAAGGUCUUAUUUGAUGCCAGUGAACAGCAAGAAAUGGGACUGGAUAAAAACGUGAUCCAUAGAAACAUAAUACAGUUCUCUAGAACAGAGGACUUAAAAGAGCAACAACAACAAUUAGGUGCUAUGAUUAUGCGUUUCUAAUUGUUGUAAUGCAGCAGGAGCCUCAGGGUUGAGAAACACAGCUGAACUUUUCUCUGAAAGCUAAUGGCAGCUGCUGUGAGGCCAUGCUGUGGGGUUGUGUAUGCAUCUCCCACUCAGCCCUUCACCCUCAGAAGAGCCUGUGAGUGAUUUGCAAGGGCAGCCUUUUCCCAUCAAACUGCAGUGUGCAGAAGAACUGGAAGGCAACCCCUUUCCCACAGCUUAUAACAUCAAAACUCAGUUAAAUUCAAAUUCCCACUGAGUAAAGUAGAACUACAGUAAACAUAAAGAGAAUGCUGCCGAAUCAGACCAAAGGCCUAUUUGGCCCAGUAUCCUGCUUUCCAAAGUGGCCAUUCCCAUAUGCUGGGCCUGAGGGCAAUCCAGUAUGAAGAAGUACUCUUCUUCUUUUUGUCUGACCCUCCUAAAUUUGUUUGUUUGCUUACAAACAUUUUAUGCCGCUUAAUAUAGUAAAAAUCUCUACGCAGUUUACGUAAACGCAAAAAAACAUAUCGGUAACAGUAUCCAAUAAGAUUUCCUAGAAACAAGAUAAAAGCAAAACUCAGCUAUAUCUCACAAAUAAAACUGAGCAGUGUACAAAAUGAACAAUAAUUUACAAAGAGUCCAGAAUGUAAGUUUUUAAAAGGCAUUUAAAGGUCCUUACGGUCUCCACGAAUCACCUGAGAGAGGGCAUUCCGAAGUCUGGGUGCUAUCACUGAGAGGCCUGCCUGAAUGGGAGGGACAGGGGAAAGAAAGUACUUUUUCAUGUGGCACAUAAUGGAAUUCACUGGCACAAGCUGAGGUGAUGGUGGUUUUAAGAGUGCUGUAAAGUCACAGAGGAUAGGGCUACGAAUGGCUGCUGUUCACAGUGGCUCCAUACAUCCUUCAGAAUCAUAGAGUUGGAAGAGGCCACAAGGGCCAUCGAGUCCAACCCCCUGCCAAGCAGGAAACACCAUCAGAGCACUCCUGACAUAUGGUUGUCAAGCCUCUGCUUAAAGACCUCCAAAGAAGGAGACUCCACCACACUCCUUGGCAGCAAAUUCCACUGUCGAACAGCUCUUACUGUCAGGAAGUUCUUCCUAAUGUUUAGGUGGAAUCUUCUUUCUUGUAGUUUGGAUCCAUUGCUCCGUGUCCGCCUCUCUGGAGCAGCAGAAAACAACCUUUCUCCCUCCUCUAUGUGACAUCCUUUUAUAUAUUUGAACAUGGCUAUCAUACCACCCCUUAACCUCCUCUUCUCCAGGCUAAACAUGCCCAGCUCCCUUAGCCGUUCCUCAUAAGGCAUCGUUUCCAGGCCUUUGACCAUUUUGGUUGCCCUCCUCUGGACACGUUCCAGUUUGUCAGUGUCCUUCUUGAACUGUGGUGCCCAGAACUGGACACAGUACUCCAGGUGAGGUCUGACCAGAGCAGAAUACAGUGGCACUAUUACUUCCCUUGAUCUAGAUGCUAUACUCCUAUUGAUGCAGCCCAUAAUUGCAUUGGCUUUUUAGCUGCCGCGUCACACUGUUGGCUCAUGUCAAGUUUGUGGUCAACCAAGACUCCUAGAUCCUUUUCACAUGUACUGCUCUCAAGCCAGGUGUCACCCAUCUUGUAUUUGUGCCUCUCAUUUUUUUUGCCCAAGUGCAAUACUUUACAUUUCUCCCUGUUAAAAUUCAUCUUGUUUGUUUUUGCCCAGUUCUCUAAUCUGUCAAGGUCAUUUUAAAGUGUGAUCCUGUCCUCUGGGGUGUUAGCCACCCCUCCCAGGGUGCAACCGCAGAAGAAGGCAACUGCUGAUCCAGAGUAACUGGUUUAUGCUCUGCAGUUCUGGAAGCAUGCCCCUAAGCUGCUUUUUAGCUUUUGCCAACUGACCAAGCGAGAGAGUGUGAAGUUCUGUUGAUCUUAACAUUCGCACGCCCAUGAUACCUGACAUAUGCUCAUGCAUCUCUCUUCCUCCCCCAAAUAGCCGCGCAAAAGAUGUGACAAUGCCAGCAAAGCUUCCAGUCAGCUUCUUCUCUUCAACAUCUCCAGUCUGUGAUCUUUUCCUUGGGCAGCUGGAUCGUGCAGAGGACAUCCGCCAAGAUUCGGAAAUCACCCUCUUUUUUUUCUACGCUCCGUGGUGCGGACAGUCUGUUGCAGUGAGGGAAGAGAUUGAGAAAGUGGCAAGCAGUUUGGCAGACCAGGUAAGGCAGAUUGGGCAGGAAGGGAUGCAGCUGUUGCUUUAAGUUACUUUUCUUGUUCAUCAGUGUUGUUUGGAGAGAGGCACCCUGAUGUCCUGCUAAUUUCAAACUGAGCAUGCGGUCCCUGAAAAUGGCAGGGCUGUGCAUGCUAGCAAUGGCUCCUCUACUCUGCAAAAACCCUGUCAAUUUGGAAUUGCCCUCGACAGAAAUUUAUAGCAAAGUGGUUGGGGGAGAAAAGAGACUGACACAACUAGGGCUCUAUUUGUGGUUUCAUUUAUUAAGAAGGAAUGGGCUGAAUUCCCAUAGGACUGUUUGCCAGCAUGAUUUAGAUGUGUUUAUUUAAUAUCAUUUAUAUGCUGCUUAAUUACUCCAUCUCUUAAGUGGUGCACAUGGAGCACAAUAUAACGACAAUAAAAAAAUCAGUUAAAGCUGUAAAAUCAGGAUUCAGUUAAAAUCUGUUGGGCUAGCAGGUAAAUGAAGAAGAUCAGUACAUGGAUCAGACCAAAGACAGGAGAUUGUUGACCUAGUUAAAGCGCUGAGUUGAAUUGUGAACGAGUAUGAUCCUUUUUUUGUAGUGAGUGCCCUAGUUAAUAGUGUUACAGUUUUUCAUUUUAUCGUUGUAAAAGACAUUAGAUACACCAGUGGAUUCGAUACCACAGCAGAUUAUGCUAUCAGUUUCUUUUAAUUAAAUUUUGAGAGGAGUACCAUUUUUAUUGUAUGAUUUGGAGAAAGCGCUUGGCUAAGCAAUCGAUAUUUGAUUUGACCUACAUAAUGAUCUGCAGGAUCUGCACUUUUUGUACCAAGCACCUGCACUUUUCCGUGUACUAAUUUAAGAACCUAUGAAGAGCUCUGCUUGAUCAGACAAAAAUUCAUUCUAGUCUAGCAUUCUGUUCUCACCGUGGCCAACUAGAUGCCCACAAGCAGAACCUAAGUGCAGCGGCACUCUCGUCACUUGUGAGUAACUGGGAUUCACAGACAAGUUGCCCCUGUCAGGGAUUUGGUUGAAUAUGCCAAAGGGAGUGGAGAGAUGACGGUCUCUUUUAUGACAAUAAAAAUGGAAGUAAAUAUCCCAAAUCCAUCCUUGGGUAGAUUUUGGGAAUUGUAGUUUGCUUUAAAUUCACAUGGCUAUCCACCCUUAAAUCACAUCUGCAGCUCCCCAGUACAGCUAUAACCCCUCCUAGUAAAGGUAUAGCCAGCAGCUAGGGAAAAACUUCGGCCACUUGUGAUCGGGCUGCGUUCUCCAUGGUUGCACUUGUCCUCCUUGCAGUGUAUCAACCAAGCCUCUGGCAUUGAAGUUUGCUGACUUCUGUGCUUGCCUCAAGAAGUGAUUUACGGGUUGUGCCAAACAUUUGUAUUUACUCUCUCCAUCCCCCCACCCCGGCCCUUUUGCAGGUGCUGUUUGUGGCUAUCAACUGCUGGUGGAACCAAGGGAAAUGCAGGAAACAGAAACAUUUCUUUUACUUUCCAGUUAUAUAUUUGUACCAUCGGAGGUAAGGCUUUUAAGUGCUCUUUGAAAGUCAGAACUUGUUAACUGUGGCAAGCCUUUAUCAGCUGAACAAGGCUAUCCACCCACCCAAACAGUGUGCCUUGUCGGAUAAAUUCCUCUGAGAACCAAUUUUCAAACUUACAUUGCUCAUAGGAUUCACUGGGGCGGGGCAGCAGGUUCUGCUCAGAGCAGAUCUCUGUCUCCUGCUAAGCGUAGUUAGCACCCCUGACCAAAUCCUGUCUGCUCCUUCUUCUUGCCUCAUGAAAAUCAGCUACUGAGAUUCAAGGAAUCUUGUUUUGCUUCAUGAGUUAAAGGACAUAACCUCCUGCACCUUGGUGUGAAUGUUCUUGUUUGUCAGGUUUGCCGGAGGUAUGGAACUGGGGUGUGUCCUUUUUCCAUCAAGUCAGGAAAGUUCCCUUCUGUAUAUGUGUUCUAAGUUAAGGUUAUACAGUCCUUUCCUUUGGUAAUUCAGUUUUAUGCGAAAUAGAAUGUGAUGUUCUGCUCUGAGGCAUAUAAUCAGGCAUCCAUGGUGAUGGAAUUGUGGUUUCUAAUUCAUAAUCUGAAGCCUUUCCAAUAUCUAAGCACUAAUUUAAAAAGACAGUGUGCCAUUAGGCCUUAUGAGUACAGUGGGAAACUUGGGAAAUGAUACGGAGAUUGUUUCUGUUGAUCAGAAGACAGACUAUUGGAAGGGGAGAGCAGCAGGAAAUAGGAUCUCUGCACAGAUCCGAGUUCCUUAUCACCAUCAGUUCCCUAUCCCUCUGCUCUUUGGCAUUUAUUGCCUCCAAGCAUCCAGUUUGGUUAGCUAAGCUUAGAGGAGCAGUGAGCUAGAACUGCAACUGAACGGUUCUGUUUGCAAAAUGGAAGCUUUGAGAGGUUAUCGAGAGAGCAAUUGCAUGCUCAGAGAUCCACGGUCUUUCUAAACGUUUUGCAAUUGCCAUUGCCUGCGUUGUCAUGGAGGCUAAGGCUAUCGCUGUCUACCAGCCAGAAUGGCUGUAUUCUACCUCCACGGCUGGAGGAAGACUGCCUCUGAAUACCAGUUGCUGUGGAACACAAGGUCGGAGUUCCUGCUUUGAGGCUUCCCAAGGGCAACUGUCUGGCCACUGUGAGAACAGGAUGCGGGACUAGAUGGACCAUUGGCCAGGUUUCCAGAUCUGGUGAACUUGCUGCUCGGUGAGGCAGCUUGCAUUGCAUUUAGGUUCAAAUGGUUGCCUGAUUAGCUAUAGUGGAAGCUGGCACAAGGACAGUGAAGGCUUCUGGAUCUGAUGAGACAAUCAGAAGGCUGGUGACGGCUGUUUUGUCCAUGCUGCUUACAAUUUGCUGUUUCUCCUUCUCGCUCUCCAAAGUGCCACAAUACACAGUAGAGCUGGGGGUGCCUCACUAUAACUAUUUGCUCCAUAUGCAUUGUCAGUCAAAAACUGUAGCAGAAUGCCCCAGAGCAGCGGGUUAGAACUCCUUGCAUUUAUCUUUAUGUCUGCAUGUGCUGAGUCACUUUGCACAAACGUUGAAUAAAACCGCCAUUUGAGAUUAGGAUGACAAAGCCACAGGGUGAGCGGAAUGUGUUUUGUUCCAGUUUAAAGAGUCUUUUGAGUUGCCUUAUCUGGUUUUGCCCAGCGUGUACAUAUUCUUGGCUGGUAACGGCCGUCUCUUUUGCCAUAAUCAAAGACCUAGUAUGAUACUAUUGUGCAUUAUGGUUCAUGUUCAGCUCCUUCCGCCUUCCCUCUCCACCUUCUAGAAUCAGGGUGUGGGGAGUAGCGGUGCCACUUUUGAGAGGUAGGCAGGAAUGUAGACCUAACUCUGGAUUCAGCCAGAUCUAGAGGCCCCCGUACUCCUGUUCAGGCAAGGCAGAGAGAACUUCUGUCCAUGCCACAGUGUUGACGACCCACAUUUCAGGCAGUAAUUGCUGCAUUUCACAUUUAUUGUUAAAACUUCUACCUCAGACCUUUCAGCUCUUAAAUCGACCUUUGCCAGCCUGGUGCCCUUGGACUACAACUCCCAUCAGCUCCAGCUGUGCUGGCUGGGGCAAACAGUAGGCCAAAACAUCUGGAAGGCACCUGGUUGGCAAAGGCUUGUCUUAAAUGCUCACUCUUAGCCUUGACCAGCCCUAGGUCUUUCUCUAUUAGCUUAGGAAUUGCAAUUUUAACUUUUCAAACUUUUAACAGUAUUUGGUUUCUUUUCUUUUCGAUGCCAGCUUUGGGCCCAUCGAAUACAAAGGCCCGAUGAAUGCUGUUUACAUUGAAAAAUUUGUCCGCCGAGUGAUGACUCCCCUGCUUUACAUCUCAUCCCGAUCAAAACUUCAGCAGUUUCUCUCCAAUUAUGAGGUAACUUGCCUCUGCUCUUUGAUCUAGCCAUUGAUGACUCCUGGAAGGUUUGUGUUUCUUUCAAGGAUGAUCUUGCUUCUGGUUACUUUCUGAGGUUACUGGAAGCCAGUAUUCUCUGCCACCGUAUUUUUGACAUGCUGGUUCAAGUGCUUCCUGUUUGACCUGAUCCCUGGGUAAAAUUCUGAAUAUGAUUGGCAGUGACUGCAGCAGUGUUGAGAAGUCUCAUCUGCAGUAUGUGUGUGUCUGCUUGUGCUAGCAUGUUGUCAGAGAGGACCCAUAACUUUAGAUCCUUUCAUUCCAAAGAUAUCAAAUGAAUUUCAUCAACUGAUUAAAUUGGGGGGGGCAAUCAUUUUGAAGGGGGAAAACAUUAUUUUCCUUGAUGUUAGGUGGCUACAUGUAUGCCUCUUUUGCAGCAUCUUCCCAUCUUAAAAUAAGCCUUCCCUUCUCCAAAGUGAGAGCAAAGGGGGAAUGAUAUGGUGCCUCAUACCUUCAGCUUUCAUAGACAAUUUCAAAAUAGGUUUAAAAUAUAGUUACCCAGUUAACCAGGAUGCAUUUGGGGGGGGGGGCGUCAAAUCUGCCCUCAAGUCAAUUAAUCUAAGCGGAGCGGGGGACCUUUGGUCCUCCAGAUGUUGUUGGACUACAGCUGCUGUCAUUGCUGAUCGGGGCUAUGUUGCAGUUUGACAACACCUGGAAGCCCAUGGCCACCCCUGAUCUUACUACCUGGUCAAUUCAUAGCUACAGCUCUGAUGCUGAUGCUUCUUCAUCUUGUCAGGUGUGGGGAGGGGUGUCGAACCUGCAGUGAGUGUUGUCAAAAGGUUCUGCUUUCCUUUCUGAUAGCCCCAGGGAAGCCUUUCCCUAUGGGAGCACAGCCUUGUCUAAAAGCAUUUUUGGCCCAUUAGAAUUGAGGCCUGAUGGGUCAGCUCCUUGGCUCUUGGCUUCCUGCACGCUGCCUUUUCAGGGAUCAGGGUGUGAACAGCCGUGCAGGCUCAGGCCUUUCUAUAAGCAUAGGGAGGGAUAGAUCCACAGUGUCCCAGAGGACAGAAUGGGAAGCAGGACUAGAGAUGGGGCUGCUGCAUCAGAGGAAGAGCAGGGAACUACAGGCAGCUCAAGGAGUCCCUUGUUAGAGCAAACCUUCGCUCUGCUUCACAGGGCCUCAGUAGGUGCAGUAGUGUUUACUUAUCUCUGUCCCUGUCUGUGAUUCCAGCUUUGCCUCUUCCCCCAAAGCCUUUCCAGCGUCUGAAAAGCACAGAACUCUGUGCUGCUUCAUUUGGGCAUACCAGCUGAAGUUGCACACAAGCUACUAGUCCAUAGACCUUUUUUAAUGUCAGUUUUCAAAAAUGAGCUGAUUUAAGAUUGAUGCACCACCUACACAGAUGGCCCAAUAUAUCUGCACAGAGUUCCACAUCACUUUGAAAUCCAAGUCACUGUUUUCAAGUUUGCCCGUGAUGAUGUCGUUGGACAUAAAGUUUAGAGCCACAAGGGGGAACCAGCAGGAAAUAUUUGAAGGCCUCUAUGUUGAUCUUGGAUCACAGCGAGUAUUAAAGCCUUUCCCAGCAGCAAAUAAUUGUGAACUAGUAAAGCUCAUUCCUGUUGUCUUUUCAUUCCCAUUUUAUCCCUCUGAUCCUAGUCUCUAACUCGGGUUAAAAAUAUGUAAACAUCCUAUACAUGUUUAAACAGACAAAACUCUCAUGCACAAAAUCUGGUGCCACCUUUUUGGAAAGUGGCUUCAGCAUGGAAUUUCCUGUCGGUUGUGGUUGUGUCACCUGGUGGUUUCUUAUCACCUGAGCAGGAUUUGUGUUGCUUUGAGUACCUGUACUUUGUCCUGGAGCAUGUGAUAAUAUUAUUUGUUUGCCUUUGGAGCAAAUUCUUCUCAACACUGUGCAUAUGCAACCAGCCUGCUUGGCUUGCAGUAGGAAGGGGGACUACAGGCUUUCGGUGCUGAGCGUGUGUUUUCAUGAGCCGCAGAACUGCUCUGUUCUUAGAAACAUUUGUGGCUUCACUUUCUGGGAUGAGGUUUCUUUCCUUGCCUGUUCUGAGUGCUUUGAAUCUCAACAUACAUGGUGGCACUGUUCUUUAUCCUUUCGCAGAUAGAACGUCUGCAUUCUUUUUGAAAUACCAUUCUUAGGCUGCGUUCAAAUACAAUGCUAAGCCAUAAGCCACAUGUAGUGAGCAAGUCUUCUUCCAAGAACCUCCUGCUUUCCUCCUCCUCUCUUCCAGUAGGGAGUCAAGCCACAGAGUGGCUGGCUGAGCAUUGUGUCCAAACCAGCAAACACACCACAGCUGGGAAGCCAAGAAAAAAAACCUUGGCUUCAGAUUGUGGCUGUCUGGAGAGAAACAGACAACAAGUGCCAGUUCCGUCACUCUAAGCCAGCUGAUCCAUAGUUGUUUCUCUGCUGGAGGAAGAGAGGAACAAAACAGGAGCAGUCAAGUUGUGUGUUGUGGCAUGCAUCUCACCCACAGAUUGAACUCUGGUUUAAGGCAGCCGGACACAGCUUCAGUUUGUAAGCCACCCUGCAAAGUGUUUUGCUUGGAAGGUGGAGUUACAAAUCUAUUCAGGGAAUGUGAUUUAUGAACAUGGGAAAGUAUCAUAUACCAAGUCACACUACUGAUCAGUCUAGCUCAGUGUAGUCUACAGUGACUGGCAGUGACUGUCCAUCAUCUCAGUUAGGUCCAUUGACCAGUUCUACCUGGAAAUUCCAGGACUUGAAACUGGAAGCUGUGGUAUGCAGUGUUCAUGCUUUCCUUCUGACCUAUGGCCUUUCUCCUUGGAAGUGGUGCAAUAAUAAUAAUAAUUUAUUAUUCGUACCCCGCCCAUCUGGUUGAGUUUCCCCAGCCACUCUGGGCAGCUCCAAACAGAAUAUUAAAAACACAAUAAAACAUCAAACAUUAAAAAUUUCCAUAAACAGGGCUGCCUUCAGAUGUCUUCUAAAAGUCAGCUAGUUGCUUAUUUCCUUGACAUCUGAUAGGAGGGUGUUCCACAGGGUGGGUGCCACUACCAAGAAGGCCCUCUUCUUGGUUCCCUGUAACCUCACUUCUCGCAGUGAUUGAAUCUCCAGAAGGCCCUUGGAGCUGGACCUCAGUGUCUGGGUUGAACGAUGGGGGUGAAGACGCUCCUUCAGGUAUACUGGACCGAGGCCGUUUAGGGCUUUAAAGGUCAGCACCAACACUUUGAAUUGUGCUCGGAAACGUACUGGGAGCUAAACCCAGUGAAAGCUCAAAGGUGUGAUACCAUUGAGUGAAAUCAAGUGGAAUUUAGAUAUUAUCUUAGAGGUGGGAUCCAGCUGGGAUGAAGUUCUGUCUGUGUGUGCCAAUGUUUGUGUUGGUUAGAAACCAGUCAGGAUUUCCCCACCACAACGUUUUGAAUGGACUUGGAGUUUGCAGCUACUCUGGUCAGAACAACCCUCUGUGUCUCCAUCUAGGAAUAUGUACUCAAUGGGAAAUAUUAACAAUCCUUCCAAACUACAGGAUUGCAUUGACAAUGGAGGAGCAAUGCCCAAGGAUUAAAUAUUUACAUAAUUAAACCAAAGCCCAUUGUGUUGUUUUCCCCUGUAAUGGUAAAUAAGUGCAGCAACUCUCAUGUGUUCUCUUGUGUUUUUGUUUCGUUUUUGCAGCCAGGAGUUUUGGGAUAUUUUGAGUUCAACGCUUCGCCCCAACCACCUGGUUAUCUGACAUUCUUCACUUCAGCUCUGCAUUCAUUAAAUAAAGGUAAAUUCGUUACCCGUAUAAACCACUGUUUAAUGUUACAUUUGAUUGAAUUUCACCAUGCCUAAUUUGUGGGUGGGAAUGAUGGGAUGCCGUUGGUUUUCUUUCCAUUGUCUGCAGAAUGCAUUUGACUUUAUAUUUAGCGCUGUUUUCAAAACAAUCACCAUCAUCACAUUUAUUAAUCCCAUACCCAAUGUUAUCAGGCCGACUUUGACAGGCUGCACAGUCCUGGCCAUGAUAAAACUUCCUGAGCAGGAGCAUGUUGAAAAUAUAUUUUGGCUUCUUGCACACAAUGGACUAAAUAUAUCACAAGACAUCUUGGUGGGGGCUCUCAGCCAGAAACGCUGACAAAAUUUCCUGUCACAUUUUGUUCUCUGUCGAAAGCCAGCAAGCUUCAGUUGCAAAACAUGGAAGUUAAAAAGAACGGUUGCCCACGUCAUUUAGGCACCUGAGGUGGAAAAUCUAAAUGGCGCCCCCUCCCGCUAAUUAACAUGGGGCAGAGUCCCCUGAGGGAAGUUCUCUUGCGAAAGCCCCUUUGAAAUGGUGCAGUUGUUGCAUGGCUCCUGUUCAUUUCAGUCUGGGUAGUGGGGACGUUUUAAGGCCAGGGGAUACUGCCGCUUGGAUGAUGCAUGACCUGUAAUAACACCAGCAACUUUACCACAUGAAGCAGUAACCUUCAUGGUGGAGAUGCUUCUUCUAAAAUGCGCUGUAAAAGCAAAACAUGGCACUGGGGUGAGAGGAGAGAGGGAAGAUUUGGGCUGGGUUUGUUCAUUGUCGUCUGUGCUACAUGUUGGAUUACUACACUCUCCGUGCGCAUCAGCAGUUUCUCAAAAACGAGCCACGCAACGCACCCUGCUGUGAAUAUAAGAACAUCAGUAGAUUCCUGCGGGAUCAGAUCACGGACUUAUCUAGUCAAGCAUCCUGUUUCCCACGGUUGUUAACCCGAUGCCCCUGGGAAGCCCACAAGCAUGGCCUGAGCGCUACAGCCCUCUCCUGCUCUUAUUUAUUUUUAUUUUAUUUAUUGAAUUUAUAUACCGCCCUGCAUCAAAAGAUCUCGGGGCGGUUCUUAAGGUGAAAAUACAGGAUAGAGUGUUUGAGGUUUAUAGCACUGGACACACGGACACAAGCUGCAAAUCUUCAUCUCAAGGCUUCUCUUUCUGCAACGGGGAGAGUUUAGCAACUGAUGUGGAGGAGUUGAACUGCUGUUCCAAAGGAGACGUCUUUUUGUUGUUUCCAUGACAACAGAAACAGCCACCUUGCAUCCUCCUGAGAAGAGGGCAGGACUGCAAAAAAAUAAUAAUAAUAAAUCGGCUGGUGGCUUAUUUUGGGGGCAUAGCGUUCUUUAUAUACUCCCAAUUAGCUCAGUCAGACCUUGGCAGGAAUUUUUUGGUGCAGGGUAAAAGUGUACGUUGUGGUGAAACUACAAGGAUGGGGGAGAACUAAAAUCGGUAUUGACCGUCGUUUGCCAAGCCUUCUGCAUUAGAUGAAACACUCUAGUAAUGGAAGAACUAUCUCACUAAUAAAGUACGUAUUGAUCGCGCUGCCUGGAGUAGAUUUGCCAGCUGACCAUAUUACUACUAAUUCCACCCAGCUCUUGGCCUUUUAUUCUCAACUCUCCACUUACAAACACCGUAUUUUUCAGUGUAUAAGACAAUGUUUUUUGCUAAAAAAAUUAGGCAAAAAUUGGGGGUUCUCUUAUACAUGGAUAGUGAAUGCAGAGUGGGGACAGGAGAUUGGUGGCAGCAGUGAACAGGAGAUUGGCUGCAGUGAUUGGGUGGGUGAUUGGUGGCUGCGGCAAGGCCUUCUGGUGAUUGGCUGUGGCUGCGGCAAUUAGGUGGGUGGUUGGCGGCUGUGGCGAGGCAUGUGGGCAAUCAGCUGUGGUGUGGGUGGGUGGGCUGUUGGCAGCGAGUGGGCAGACAAUUGGCAACUGCGGCAAGGUGUGUGAUCGGCACUGGCUGUGACGAGUGAUGGGCGGGUGAGCGAUUGGUGGUGGUGACCCCCCCCAAAGCUAAACAACUUAAUUUCUUAAUUUUGGGUUAAAAAAAAAUAGGGGAUGUCUUAUACAUUGCGGGGGGUCUUAUACAUGGGAAAAUACUGUAACUGCCUUAUAAGUCAAAGAAUUGUAGGGCAGGAAAGUUCAUGAAAACCAUGGGAUCUGGUGACUUUCGGCUAUUUUACUCACGCAUGUUACCUGUUUGCUGCUGUGUGCAUCAAAAUGAUCCAUCGAGGAACAGGGAUUGGGCUAAAGUUAUCUGCUGAGUUGUGGAAAACCCAGGUCCACUGCCCUGUAAUGUGUGAAAUGGCCUUUCGGUUUACACCAUUCCUCAAAAUUCUGCUCCUUGCAGCCAUGUCAUUUGGCUUUGAACGAUGUAGCUGCAGUAUUUCUAAGCAUACGUAGUAGAAAGCCGGUCCUGUGGAAUUCAGUGCCUGCCCAGAUGGAGACCCAGCCCGCCCCAGUCUAUACCACUUUGGGGACGUUUUCAGGAGACAGCCACACAUCAGUAUGACUGCAUUACUGGUAGUCUAGUCCUAAAUGCUCUUCACUUGGAAGCAAGCCCUCCUGAAUUCAUUGCUUGCUCUGUGCAUUCACAUCGACUGCGAAAGUCCACUCAUCUUGCAUAUGCAAAGAAAGCAGUUUGCACGUUGCUUUUAUGCCUCGCCCUCUUUCCUGACAAAGACCAGUUGUGGGCAGGGCAUGCCCUCUAUGUCCAGGCACCACAAAGCAUUAAAGAUCCCACCGUCUUGGUGCUCUUAAAACCUAAAGUUCUGCAGUGAUACUGCAGGAGUCUUACGAAAGGAAGCACUUUCCCAACCUCAUCCAGAUUCUGAAAGGGCCACUUGCUUUUUAAAUGACAAUCUGGGGCAUCCAAACCUUUUGUCCUGGCACUCUGCCCUCCUACUCAGUGCUGAAAUGUAUGUUCUAAGUGCAGAGCAGAGGUCGCGCUUGCAACAUGCCAUUUCCGUCGUUUUGUAUCCUGUCAACAAGUUGCUUUAUCUGCGUUUGCUGUUUAUCUUGGACCAAGUUCGGCUUGGUUUCUUUUGCCAUUUCUUUGGCCAACAAACUAAAACCCAAUGAACUCCUUUCUGCAGUCUUAUUACUCCUAUUAUUUCUGUCCCAAGGAGGGUGAAAUCAGCCUGGAUACUAUACAUUUCCUUCCCCUCCCCCCUUACGUAUUCUCCUUAUUUAUUUUUGUGGCAAAGAGUUGGGAGAGGAGGGCCCACUCUCUUAAGUCAGUGCUGCACAGAGAUUAUGUGCCAGUUUAAAAAAAAUGUACACUUGAUUAAUUAAACCCUUGAUGACUUGCAAAGAAAAGGGGAGAACUGGCUUCGCUGAAAAGCACAGUGUAUUCGAGAGGAUGCAAAGGCACUGCCCAUCUUGGUGGGGGUCCAUCCAUAUUUUUAAAAAAUAUUUUAUUAAAGUUUUCUUGGUUUACAAAGGUAUGCGCAAUGUCUCUUUUUUCAAGUUACAUUUUCCAUGGGUCAGUUUCAUUUGUUGAGACAUUAGGGUUACAUUAGGAAGAAAAAUGGGGAGAAGAGGUGGAAGGGGCCAUGGUGGGUGGGGGUGGGUCAGGAGGCGAUAUUUCUAUUUUGCUUAAUGUAUGUGUGGGUUUUUGUGCUAGCGUCGUUUGUGCAGGUUCUUUUUGCUGUUUGCUUGUGUUCCUUUGGUGGUGAGAGAAAUUGUGGUUGGCCUAGGAUGCGGUUGCUUGUUUGUGAUUGGCUGUGUUGAACUUUGUUUUCGUGUGUGAGUGGGGUGGGUGUUUUUGAAUCAGGUUGGGUCCAUCCACUUUUACUUUUAUCUCCGCAAACACAGGGUCAAGACAUUUGCUCUUGAAAAGGAGAGUGUGAAAGAAGGAUGCAUCAGAUACUGUGCCAAAAGCCAUACCCCACCAACUCGUCCCUGGCGGCCAUAGCCUUGGGUUUGACUCCUGCCUUGACCUGUGUGCUAAGAGAUGGAGCCCAUGCCUGCAGCUCUCCAAAGCAGCUGUGCCAAAUUGCCUUGAAAGAGAGAAGAGUCAUUAAUAUAGGGUUGCAGUGCACUUAAAAUAAACUCUAAAUUACAUAUUUUGGACAAGUGAGGAACUGAAUUCCUUUAAUCUAAGGAACUGGCCUCGAAUAACUCUGCAUUUCCUAGGGCUGCAUCCUGACUCAACAUGCAACAGAGUUAGUGGAACACUUGCUUCCUGGGUAAUCAGAUUCUCCAGAUAAUAGCCAUGAUGACUGUGUUCCACUAUCUGAGGCAGUAAUGCCUCUGAAUAUCAGUUGCUGGGAAUCACAGGUGGGGAGAGGGCUCCUGUGCUCAGGUCCUGCUUUCAGGCUUACCACAGGCAUCCGGUUGACCACUGUAAGAACAGGAUACUAGACUAGAUGGGCUCUUCUUAGAUUCUUACAUUGUUUAGGGGGUUUUCAACUCUGCAGGGUGAAGUAGUGAAUAUUCAGAACCCAAUGAAUGGAUAACGUUCUCCAUGCCUUUCCUUCGGCUGGAAGUAGCGCGUCUCCAGGGGCGGUAGUGGCUAGUAUCUGUAGCAUCAAGACGGACCCUUGCUCUGAUCAAGCAAGGCUCUUUUGACUUUGAAAGCAUCAAAGGAGCCUUUGCUCAGGCGCAAAGACCCAGGCUAGAUUUCAAAACAUUUACAGCCAGCCAAGCCAGAGGCAGCCCACAAGAUUGCCAGGCUGGCUUGGUGGCAGGCUGGAACCUGGGCAGAUAAGACAACCUGUGGGGCCUUCUCUCAGUGGCUGGCCACAAGGGGCAGCAGAAUGCCAUUCGAGAGAGACCUGGUUGCCCUUGAGAGAUGGAUUGCUGCCUCGCUGCCAAUAUCCUCUUUGGGGGAAACGUCCCAGGUCAGUUGGCCACGCUUGUUCCUUGGUAGCAGAGCAGAUCCAUGGGCAGCUGUCUCUGCUCAGAUUCCUCAGGUGUAGACUUUCCCCAAAGGGAUGUCACUAUCACCCUUGAGUGUGUGUGAGAUUGUGCAUCCUUCCUUCCGCACCGCCCCCCCCAGGUAAUCUUCUGGAAAGCAAAUAACUUCUUCGAUUCCUCCUUUGUUGCCAAAACUCUCUCUGAUUGCUUCAUUAAUUAUAGAGUCCCACACUGGUUAGGGAGAGUGAAAUGUGAGCCUGCCAGCUUUGUAAUGUGUGCUUGUAGCAGGUUAAAGCCUCUUGCUCUUGGCAGGUUAAGCAACCGUAAACAUAUACAGAAGCAGGGCUGGCUGCAGCAGGGCUUCUGAAUUUCAAACAAGACAGGAUUCCUGGGGGUUUCCCAGUUGUCUGCUUGCACAUAGUUUGCUUCCUAUAGUCCUCAUCUCACCCUCCCCCCCCACUGUAGGAAUGGUUUUCAAAGGAGAGUAAGGAGGACAUGAGACAGUUCCAAGCCAGUUCCCAUAAUUAUGAUUUCAAAACCACCCUGCUGCUUUCUUUUGUUUGUUUUUUUAAAUGCAAGUUAUGAUUCUCAGAAUGUAGGGUCCAUUUCCAUGCUGGAAAGUGAGUCUCUCUGUGCAUAGGUUAGUGUGGACCAAAUAUAGCUCUGAAUUUGUUUCCCAUACACUGUGCAUUAGUAUAGAGACAACUGAAACCACAAGUCAUUCCCUCCAGCUGCUUCCUCCUUGUAGUUUCCUGCCCUGUAGCAGGCUUCUGGAGCACCCCCUCAGUUUCAUGUGCAUCAGUGAAGCUAUUAUCCCCAGUACCAGGUGUUCCCCUGUCAUCUGUACUAUUGUCUCCCUCCCCCUCAGGAUUUAGUUUAAAGCUCUCCUAAUCAACUUCGCAGGACUCUUAGCAAAUCCAUGCUUGCCAACUUCUUAUUAAGUGCAACCCAUCUCUUGCCAGAAGUCCUUCCUCUAGGAAGUGGAGACCAAGGUUGGUAUUGCCUACUGACCCACCUUGCAAUUUGUGGUUCCUUACUCACCUUAGCCCAGCCCUGACAGCCCAACCAAAAGGAAGGAUCCAUGACACUUGUGGGGCACAGCCCCAUUUCUGCUUAAAUGUUUGGUUGCAGGCCUAUAAAGAAUGUGAAUGGAUAGAGUCUUGCCCUCUCUGGGACUGAGUGCAACAGAUAAUUAGACACAUUUCAUGCUGAGUUUGCAGCUCUAUGUGCAUUUUUAUGAAUGUAGAAAAAUCCUCAAGAUCACCUGGAGCAGCACUCUUUGAAAGAUGCUCACUGGUGGCAGAAAAUGUGAUUGUAAUGCAUGAUCUGACUUGUAGCCAUUUGGAAUUUCUAAAGGCUGCUGGCGUUCUUGUGUUUUUUAAAAAGCAGAGAUGUAUUUGUGCUCUCCUCCAUCCCCCGAGCUCCAAAGUGACCUGAUUUUUUUUGCACGUUGAGGAAUAUGAGAGGAUUUCUUGCGGGGGUGGGUGGGACUGCUUCAAAGGAGAGGCGGUUCCUGUGGGGCAGGCCUCCCAUUUAUUGUCUGGCUCGAUGUGGAAUUGCUGCAAUGUUUCAUCAGCCACAUGGUGAAAAACAUUAAAAGGCUUGCAUUUCCCCCCCUCCCCUGAGCCAAGAUGCAUCUAAUUGCUUAGAAAGCUUCUAUCAUUUAAAGUCCAGCAGCCUCCUUUUAAAAGGAGCUGCCCACCAAAAUUACCCACCAAGAAAACCCUGGAGAUUACAGAUCAGGGAUCCUUUUCCAACCUGGGCAAUCUUCCGAGGGCCACAUGCCAGGGAAAGGCGGGGCCAGAGGCAAAAGUGGGUGGAGCAAUUGAUGUAAAUCUUCCCUUUGUACAGCAGGCUUGUUUCUAUACACUCUUAUCUUCCAUUCGGACCAGAAGGGGUUCAAGGGAACUUUCCAGGCAGGCAAAGAUAUUUGGUGAGAGAGGAGAGGAAGAGCGUUGAGGAAUGAAUGUGAUGCUAUUAAGCAGGGGUCAGCAAACUUUUUCAGCAGGGGGCCGGUCCACUGUCCCUCACACCUUGUGGGGGGCCGGACUAUAUUUUGGAGAGAGAAAAAAUGAACGCAUUCCUAUCCCCCACAAAUAACCCAGAGCUGCAUUUUAAAUAAAAGGACACAUUCUACUCAUGUCAAAACACGCUGAUUCCCGGACCGUCCAUGGGCCAGAUUUAGAAGGGGAUUGGGCCAGAUCCAGCCCCCAGGCCUUAGUUUGUCUACCCAUGCUCUUAAGCAUCAUUUUGUUUGAGGGCAAUUGCUCACGCAUCAACUUCUAAAUGAUGGGCCAGGGCAGAACUGUGGGUGGCAGGGACCAAUUUGGUGGCACGUGGAAAGGGACUGGGUUGCGCUUGCUUUUCUUUACUGCCUCUGGAACAGCAGAGCUGGUGGGCUGCUUGCCAUAUUGGCACCUUUUAAUUUCGCCCACAAUAUUUCCACUCAUUGAAACUCAUUGAGCACAUGACUCAUUUGAAACAAGAUCACCACCACAAAGGACACAGCCGUGCACUUUGUCUUAUAUCGCCUGCGUCAGUCCCUCCUGUUAACACCUUAUUUUUAUUAAUUCUGAGUGAGGAGGGCUUUACUCUGCAAUGCUGCCACAGACCCCUUUCUCCUCCUUCAGGUCCUGGAUGUGAAGAACGAAGGAGGAAAACUCCAGCUCUGGGAGGGUUUUUUCCCCCUCCUUAAGGCCUAAAGAAUCCAAAAGUGCUGCUCCAACUCCUCUCUUGUUUUCUCAUAUGGAGGAUCUUUUAUUUCAUUAUUUUGUGUGUAUUGCAGAGUGUUUUUCAGCCGAAAUCCUGUUGUAUAAUCACCCUUUUUCUUAAAACCCAAGUUGAGGUAGAAUUUUAACCCUGAAGCAUUAUGCCCACAGGUGGAAAGUGCGGAUUAAUGAGAGGAUAUUGCUUGUAUUUCCUGUGUAAAACGACAGGAAAGCUGAGCUCUGUGUGUGUGUGUGUGUGUGUGUGUGUGUGUACGCUUGUUUUUCAGAGCCUUUUCUUCCAGCAGCAUGCCUUGGCUUAGCUUCUGGAGAAAGGAGGCUGUGUAGUUAUGUCAGCUGGGCCUCUUUCCUUUCUUUCCUCAAGGCUUGUAACAUGUGCUUUCAGAUUACCUUGGAACGAUCCACUUCGGAGUGAUCACAGAUAAGCUGAUAGCGAAGGAAGUCCCACUGACCAGCUCAGGCAGCGUCUACUUGCACAGACACGUGAACGCUUCUCUUGUGAGUAGUGCAUUUUCACGUUUGCACACCUGCGUCGCCUGCACCAGGGCUGGGAAGCCCAUUUUAGCCCACGUUUACUAGUGUGCAACCUUCUGGGGGCCACAUUUCGAUGGUGGGUGGGGCCAGUUGCAAAAGUGGGUGGAGCAGUGGAUGUAACUCUUACCUUUGUACACUAGGCUCCAUUGCAGCCAAGCAAAAGUUAGAAGAAUCUAUGUCUAAAAUGCAGCAGCUGGAUUUCUGGCCGGGGCUCCCUUCAGCUCUCAUAUAACCCCUGUUUUAAAACAGCUGCACCAGUUGCCAGUUCGUUUCGGGGCCCAAUUUAAAGUGCUCACAUUAGUGUUUAAAGCCCUAAAUAACUCAGCCCCCAAAUUCCUGAACGACCGCCUCCCUCCCUACAUACCCUCUCAGGGGCAAAGAUGGCAGAGGGGUCCCUCUUGGUUGUUCCACGGCCUUCAGACGCUUGGGGGGGGGGGGUUGGAGGCUUGGGAGAGGGCCUUCUCUGUGUCGGCCCCCAAGUUGUGGAACUCCCUUCCCACAGAGGUGCGCCUGGCUCCUUCCUUAGACAGCUCUUGGCAAAUGCUGAGGACCCAGUCCUUUACUCUGGCUUUUGACAUCUGAGAUGUAUAUUUUUCAGACCCACCUUAUUUCUGUAAAAAAAAAAAAAUGUCAAAUCUUUUUUUAUUGAGUUUUACAGCGCAAAUUUAAAUUCAAACAUUAAACAUCACCAUCAUCAUUUAGAAUUCCCUGAAUCCUUUGACUCCCCUCUGCCCUUCCAUGGUUACCAUUACCAAUCUUUUUUCAAUUGCUUCAUUUUUCCUCUCUCUGUUUUUAAUAAUAAUCCGUUUUUACCAUAGUUUUUAGUACAUUACAAGCAUUAUUCAAAUUCUGCCAAAGUUUUUAGUUGUUUACAUUGUUCUCUUAAAUACAUUGUAAAAUUUUUCCCAUGACUUCUUAAAGUUCCUCUGUUCCUGGUUUCUGUUUUUCCCGGUCAAUUUCACCAGGUUUCAGCAUAGUUUAUUUCUGUAAUUUUAACAUGUUUAUUUUACUUCUUGUAACCUGCUUAAGACCUUAGGGUGAAAGGCAGGUUGUUGUUGUUGUUGUUACUGUUAACGAUGGUGACGAUGCGUGCAUACACAUCUCUCCAUCCUACAUCCAGGCAAGUAGGAGACAUUAUCACCAUUCAAGAAUCCAUUCCAACCAAGCCAAGCCACUCAAGGAGGUUGCAGAGCAGGGCCAUCUUAUAAAGCAGAGGUGCGGCAGUCAGGCACACAGGCAGUUGCCUUGGCAGACCGAUGCUCCAGGGCACAGAACAAUGGGUAAUCCAAAAACCUAGUGUGUGGAGGGGGAGGAGAGGUAGAGUCUAAUAAAGGAAAUUAGCUUUCUUAUGUAACAGUGGCCAAGGUCAGCAUUUGUUUCGUGUUUGGAGCUACUGAGACAGUUUUCUCCUUUUAUGCCAAAUAAUUUAAUGAACCAUCUGGAAGAUGGUACAGCAUUGUAUGCGUGUGUGUGUAGUUUUCUCCCGCCCCCCUCCCCCGCCUUUAAUUUCAGGUAAGCAAAAUCCCAUGUUGCUGAAAUGUUUAUGUGUCAUGAGCAAACUCCUUGAGUGCAUUUUGCUCCCCAGCCUUUCGUCCUCUCUCCUUUAUCUCCAGGCUUGCUCAAGCUGGGCUGGGUGGGAAGGAAGAUCCACGCUAACAUAAACUUUAUAAAACAGAGGGAUGCUUGCUGACUCCAAGGAUGUGGGCUCUUAAAUCCAACUUCUCAGAAGGUAGCCCAUCCAAGUUCAUCCAAGGCACCUUUUUUAGUGAAGCAACACUGAAGCAUCACAUGCAGUUUUAGGAAACGAAAUUUACCGUGUCUUCGGGAUCACAUUAACAACAUGCAGAGGCAUUUCAGUGUCAUGCGAAAAUGGUCCCUUCAUAUAGAUAUAUAGAUUCAUACACAGACGGCGGAAUAUCCAAAUGCACAGCCCCUGUCAUUCCCCCCCCCCCAAAAAAAAACAUUAAAACAUUUCUAUACAUUUAUUAAAUCAAUAGAAUAAAACACGAGCAAUGGUAAAAGGAGCAGAUAAAAGAAUCGUGUAACAGAUUGACAUUUGCUGAAACUAAAAUCUGCUAAAAUCCCUGGAUGGGUAAACAUGUUUUUGCCGAGCAGCUAAAAGAUUGCAGUGUUGGCACAAGAUUUACCCUCCCUUCCAAUCUUAGGGGACAUGGGUGGCACUGUGGGUUAAACCACAGAGCCUAGGACUUGCCAAUCAGAAGGUUGGCAGUUCGAAUCCCCACAAUGGGGUGAGCUCCUGUUUCUCAGUCCCUGCUCCUGCCAACCUGGCAGUUUGAAAGCACGUCAAAGUGCAAGUAGAGAAAUACCUUCUCCGGUGGGAAGGUAAAGGGUGUUUCCGUGCGCUGCUCUGGUUCGCCAGAAGCGGCUUAGUCAUGCUGGCCACAUGACCCGGAAUCUGUACGCCGGCUUCCUCAGCCAAUGAAGCAAGAUGAGUGCCGCAACCCCAGAGUCAGCCACGACUGGACCUAAUGGUCAGGGGUCCCUUUACCUUUACCUUAUCAAUCUUAGGAAUGAAUUUUUGGUCAGACUUGAGCAAAACCAAAAAUUUAUCUCUGAGUGGAGGGAACAGUUCUGCCCGCUCUUACCACUCUGCAGCUGUGCAUCAGACAUCAGCAGCUUUACUUCAACAGCUUUACUUCCUACCAAUUCCUUGAGCUAUACGAGGAAUGAGGAACCUCAGGCCCAGGGGCUGAAUGCAGCCCUCCCUGUACGGCCCUUGGUCACACCUCUCACCGAACCUUCUUUGCACUCUCCCUGAGGAUUUCUGCCCAGCUAGAGUGUGCUUUUGAAUCCUGGUAAUGCUCCUUGCUUGCCAAGAUAGAGAGCAGUGUGUGAGUGAACCAAUAUUUAUUGUCCUAACCGCUUUUGCUCCCGGCCCCACACACCACUGACAUGUUGCCCUCAGAAGAUUGCCUAGCAGGGUAUGUGGCCAGUAGGGGGAAGAACGUUCUCCCAAGGGCUGCUUCCUACGUGAUGACUUGGCUCAGCUUGUUUUGCGUCCGUUGCCGGAGCUUUCCCAGUGUCUCUUCAGCCAAAGACCAAACAGUUAAGCAGCAAAGAAUGUGGGAACGGGCACCGUCCAUAACUGCCUCGUUUUCCCACCAUAUUGUGCGAUGGGUCCCUGUCAGUCUGCCAAUCCUAAAGGGAUGACCCAAGUUUUAACUUGCCCUAAUUGAUAACAAACGCUGAGAGUGCUCUUCUCCCUCUUUCCAGCUCUAUCCACACGAAGCGAUGAACUACACAGCGGAAAAUGUUUGGAAGUGGGCCUUGGAGAAUCGCGAGACCUUCAUCCGCUGGCUGAGACCCCAUGGGGGGAAAAGUCUUUUGCUGAACAACGAGCUGAAGAAGGGACCGGCACUCUUCCUGUUUCUUCCUUUCGACCCCUUAGCGGAAAGUCAUCCCCUUGUAGAUGAGGUGAGCGUAAGGAGGACCCUGCUGGAUCAGUGUCCAGCCAGAUAGCUAUGGAAGACUUAAAAGCAGGACCUGGGGGUCAGAGCACCCAGCAUUCAGAGAACAUAGCUAUCGUGGCUAGUAGCCAUUCAGAGGUUUUUCUGUGAAUUUGCUUAUUCUAUUUUAAAUUGAUGACCAUCACUACCUCUUGUGGGAGCAAAUUCCAUCAUUUACUGUAUUUUUCGCUCUAUAAGAUGCACCAGACCACAAGACUGGUGGAGGAAAACAAGAAAAAAAAUAUUCUGAAUCUCAGAAGCCAGAACAGCAAGAGGGAUUGCUGCGCAGCGAAAGCAGCAAUCCCUCUUGCUGUUCUGGCUUCUGGGAUAGCUGCGCAGCCUGCAUUCGCUCCAUAAGAUGCACACACAUUUCCCCUUACUUUUUAGGAGGGGAAAAGUGAGUCUUAUAGAGUGAAAAAUACGGUAAUUGUGUGAAGCAGUGCUUUCUUUUUUGUCAGUCCACAAAGCUUUGAAGAUCUGGCAUGCCAGCUUGGAACUGCCCCCCCCCCCCAUAAGGUUAUGAUAGAUAGAAUGGAGUGGGGAGGGAGCCUGCAUUUAAGAUGCACCUCCUGUUUAAAAGGGUGAAGCGAUGGGAGUGAUGCUUAGCUGUGUAUAGUGCCAAGGUGCUACUGUGCAUCAGAAGAGGCAAGACUGGGCUCGAGAAAUGCCUCACCUGACUCAGCACAAGGCAGCUCUGAAUGUUCAUGUGCAAUGAAAGAGUCACUGGGGUAUCAUUUGCUCCUAUGUAGGCAGGCUUUCUCAGGCAGAAAAUGGGACUCGGUGCGAGCUUCAGGCCCCUAGUUCCAGGGAGUUCAGAUGGUGCUCUGAACCAGUCCUUGCUCUGAUAGGUGAUCUCUCUUUCUAAAUGUAGCUGGAAGAAAAGUUGUGUCUUUCUCAGUGGGGCCAACCUGCAAAGGAAGGCAUUGGUGUGUGUUUGCGGGGAGGGUAUCCCUAUGAAACAGGUGUAGGAGAUUCUGGGCAAAGCUUUAUCUGGAGGCAAGAGACUGUUCUCAUUUAGCAGGAGGAAACCAAGGCAGAUACACUUAGGGUAUUGGUGAACUUCAACACAGACACAAGUUUUUCUUUGCUUUGCUGUGGUCGAAGGUAAGCCACUGCUUAUCACCUUCAGAGGAGUCAAGCGAUUUUGGCCACAAGCAUUUAAUAACGUUGGCUGUCCCCAAAGCAAAUUCCUUCGCGUUGCCCUCUUGCAGGGCAAAGGAAGAGCAAUAAGCAUGUUGUUUUGGGAGGCAGGGAUGGAAAGGUUAACGGAUUUGCAAAUAACUCACAGCAGGUCAUCCUCGGAAUCGGAACAAGGUCUCCUGCAUUCCUUGCUUCCAUUUCCACCCUCUGCUCGCUCCUGUGCUGCCUUAAGCGUUGCUGACGCUGAAGCUGGUUUAAUUGGCUUUCUGAACUAAGGAAGAGAGGACUGAAGCUGUCAGGGCAGGUUAGAGAUAAUGGCCUGCCUAUCUUCUGGAGGUCCUUAUGCAGCCUCUGCAUAAGCAGGGCAAAGAGAGGGCGGUUGUGUGUUCUUCUCUCUGUGUGUGCUUUUUAAUCGAGGCACCUUGAGCUCCUUGGAGGAAAGGUGAGGUGUAAGCAGAAUAGUUAUUAGCCAGCCUGCCCUCAGACACCUCCGGAAAUCAAUUCUGGCACAUCAACAGCCUGGAACGAACAAGCAAAGGAACAGACUGCCUUCCUGGGUUGCUUGGAGGCAGACGUAGCUCCCUCCAGGUGAGAAGCGAUUGACAAGCCAAGCAGAAAAUGUGCAUCUUUGCCUGUCUGCCUCAGAUGCACAGCAAGCUUACAUAAUUUCUUAGGACGUUUCGCCCUGUUUCCCCAGGAUGGUGACCCUCCAGACAGUUGUUAGCCUACAUUUCCCAUCAUCCCUUAGCUUGGGCCACGCUGACUGAUGGGACCAGGAGUCCCUCAGCUUCUGGAGGGCCACAAGCUCCUCUUCCCUGCCACGUGCUAGUGUGGGGAGUAACGUAUGCAUCUGCAAACUAAAAAAAACCACUUUAAAAAACAAAACCUGCCCCAGCCUCAUCCUGUUCUUGAAAAUCCCAAGUGCUUCUCCUGGCCAGAGAUGACUCCAGCUGCCUUGCACGGCUUCCUUUCGCUUUCAGGGGGCCUCUUAUGUAAUUUGUUUACAGUAAGGGUUGCUUUGUGAUUUUCCUUCCCGCUUGGGGAGAGCUUUGCUUCCCGGGCGGCCGCAUGGCAAGAAACUCUCCGUUCCAGCAUCUCUGCCAGCGCAGCUCAGAAGGUCCUGCACAUCCCUCUCCCGUCUUGGAAUUGUUGCUCUGCCAUCCCUCCUUGUUUCACAGCACCGGCUUCAUCUGGGCCAAACUAAAUGCUGUAAGAGACGCCACCCAAUAUCUUCCUUUUGCUUUCUCGUUCUCAAAUCGAGCGGCAUGUGGCAACAUGCUGCUUGCGCAUCACCCAGCCCUUGGCCCGUGGCACAGCAGCAGCACCUCUUGCAUGGGAUUGAGAGUGAGCAAAGAGACGGGCAUCACAUCGUCAUUCGUUGGGGCUUGCAUUUUGCCAGCAGCCCUCCUCCCAGGUAGCACCCGCUCAGAAUGGAAAGGGUGGUCUGAUAUUCAGGUAUACAGGGCAGACACCCCAUUGGGUAUGCCUGAAGGUGCUAUUUGGGUCUUUGCCUGUAUUUUUUAUUUUUAACAACAAACCUUUAAAUACGAGUAGGAUCGAACAGCUUUGGAACUGACAAGCUCAGAGAAAUAGACAGAAAUUACUAUGCAUUGUAACCUAAAGGGUAGAGAGAUUUUUGUGGUCUCUGUGUGACAGUUCUUCAGCUCAGCCCUGGAAUUCAGUAUUCCCUUCUUUCUUUAAAAAAACACACACAAACACUUGAAUGGGGAGGGGGCUAAUUAUUUAAGUAGCUCAAACUACUUUUGGAGCGGGCAAGACUGGAACUUUGCCUGUACAGUGGUACCUUGGGUUACAUACGCUUCAGGUUACAGACUCUGCUAACCCAGAAACAGUACCUCGGGUUAAGAACUUUGCUUCAGGAUGAGAACAGAAAUCAGGCAGCAGCGGCGCGGCAGCAGCAGGAGGCCCCAUUAGCUAAAGUGGUGCUUCAGGUUAAGAACAGUUUCAUGUUAAGAACAGACCUCUGGAACAAAUUAAGUACGUAGCCAGAGGUACCACUGUAAUAUACACAUUAGCUCACUUGCCUGGGUCACCUGAUGCUAAUUUACUUUUCCCAAAGUGUGUCCUGCCUUCUGCUUCUGGGUUGAGGUGUUGCUCAAAAUUUGAAGCAGAGCAGCCUUUGAGCGAACAACCGUACAUUGUUGCAGAGAUUGUUCAAAGUCAUAGAAUCAUAGAAUCAUAGAGUUGGAAGAGACCACAAGGGCCAUCGGUAGUUUUCAAAUACUGAGAUUCCUUGGAAGCUUCCCAAGGAUUUGUAAAUAUUGAUAUUGAAGGCACAACCACGGGGAGAAUAAUGGGGUGUUUUCUAGGUUGCGAUGUUUGUAACAUAGAACCGUGGGGAAGUUUGAGUGUAUUCUAGAAUAUGGCAACACAGAGUUUUUUCCAGGGACAAACUGAGAGGGAAAGGGUGAUAACUUUGCCAAUUUGGUUUCCUCCCUGCUCCUGAUAUUAUAACGGUGGCCUGGUAAGACGAGGAGAAAUGUCCAUCCGGCUUUCUUUUCUCCUCCUAGAUCUCGGAAUUGGCUUUGGAAUACAAGAGCUGCAACAGAAGCCAUGCAGGGGAAGCGGUUGCCGGGCAUUUGCAAGGAGGAGCAUCCUCAGCGUCUGGCAUCCGCCUCCCUCUGGCCGAAGCCAUCUCCAUAUCCAAGUCACCUUGCUGCAACACAGUGGUGCUGCCUCCCCAGUGGCACUCGAUCACCCGGACCCACAACGUCUGCGAGCUGUGCAUCAACCAGACCGUCGGGGUCCGGCCCAGCCGCCUGGGAGGCCUGCACUGCAACUUCUUGGAGAUAGAAGCAGCCUUGGACUCGUUCUACCUCAAGGAGAGGACCUUUUUCCAAGUGAUGUCCAAGACGGAUUCCUUGUGCAGCAACUUCCUCAGCUUUUACAGCCCUUUCAGCUACUACACCGCGUGCUGUAGGACAGUGAGCGGGACCCCGCUGGGCUUCUCCGGCUCCGAGGAAUUGGCUCUUGCUUCCCAUGGGAAGAGAUGGAAAGACGAUCCCCAAAGCUCUAUUCCUCACAUUGAGGACAGGAGUGGUCUUAUCCCGGAAAAUGCCCUCUGCGACACUUACGUGACCGGCCUGAGUUGUAGGACUAACAAGACCUUGAACCUAUACCUGCUGGAUUCAAAUCUCUUCUGGUUGUACGCCGAGAGGCUGGGAGCAUCAAGGUCUACUCCGGUGAAGGAGUUUGCUGCCAUUGUGGACCUCAAGGAAGAGACACACUAUAUCCUGGAUCAGGACCAGGCCCUGCUGAAAUCUAAUCUAGGUACAGUACGACCACUUCAUUAGUUCAGAGUUUGGGUGGAGAUGUCACUGUUACCAAAAGCACGACCCAAGUUUGCAGGGAAAUUAGACUACUGAUUUAAAAUGGUUUCUUUUUGGCCUCUCCUACUUCGUUUUUAACACCACUGCUCAUCAAGAUUUGAUUCCAGGAUGCUUAUAACGGUUUUUAAAAGGCAUCAGAUAUAUAAAACCAUGAGUAAAAGAUGAAAUCAGCGAUUCUUAGAAGUAUGUUAAAAGUACCAUAAAAGACCUCUAUUUUUUUGUUUUUUGGUCUAGCACAGAAAAGCAAGUACCGUAUAUUUCCGUGUAUAAGUUAAGGUUUUUUUCUUUUAAAAUUAUGUUAAAAAUUGGGGGUCGUCUUAUACACGGAUAGGGCAGAGGGUGGACGCGAUUGGUUGCAGCCACGAGCAGGAGAUUGUCAGCAGCUCUUGGGUGUUUGAUUGGUGGCCGGGGCAAUGGCUGUUGUUGAUUGGCUGCCCUUAAGGCAAUUGGGCGUGCGGUUGGCGGCUUUUCUCCAACUGUCGGCACCCCCCCCCAAAAAAAAAAAAAAAAAAAAAGAAGCUCAACAAGUCUGGGCAAUCCUCCCCAAAAAAUCUUAACUCUACAACUCUUGACUAUCUCCCCACAUUUUCUUAAUUUGGAGUCCCCCCAAACAGGGGGCGUCUUAUACAUGGAAAUAUAUGGUAACAUUGGCACCUGACAUCUAGUCCAACCCCCUGCAAUGCAGGAAUCUCGACACAUGGAGGUCCUCCCUUCCUGCUGGAGGAUAUUCUUUUCUUGCUCUUCAAACUUUUCUUUGGCCAGCAUCACUGCCGAGGCUGUUCUGAUUUCUCAGAACAGCCAGGCAUAUGAAGCAGACCCUGUGAAGGCUGCCUUAAUAGCCAGAGAGGCAUACAGUUAUAGAAUCAUAGAUUUGAAAGGGAUCAUGAGGAUCCAGCAACAUCUGGAGGCCAGCAGGUUGUCCACCCUACUCUGAAUCUCACUUCCUGAUGGGUGGACAUACAAGGGAGGGCCUUCCUGGUGGUGGUGCUGAGGCUCUGGAACUCAUUCCUUCAGGAGGGUCCACUUAGUUCUUUCCUCAUUGGUGCAAUACAUCAGUUACUGUCUUUUGUGCUUUUAUUUUGGCUCAGUGAUGGCAAAACUUGGCCCUCCAGCUGUUUUGGGAUUACAAUUCCUACCAUCCCUGACCACUGGUCCUGUUAGCUAGGGAUGAUGGGAGUUGUAGUCCCAAAACAGCUGGAGGGCCAAGUUUGGCCAUCACUGUUUUGGCAGCUCUUAACAUUGCAUGAAAUAUUGCCUUUCAGAAAAUCUGUUUCGUUGCACCACUUCCUUUUAUUGUACUAGAUGCCUCAUAGGGGUGGGGUGUGGAGUUCCCAACCCUGGACAGGAAGGCGGGAUAGAAAUCUGUCCCUAAAUUACAGCUUACGUCGCCAACGGCAUGCUUGACUUUUAGGAGCCCCUGCUCUUACCGUGUGCCGUGCAAUACAUCCGUGGGCAUGCUCAGACACGAUGAGAGAUUUCCCUAUCAAAUGCAGUUCUAUGCUCACUUUAGAGACUCGCACACACUUAAUGCUCCCACCCCCUUGAAACUGCUUGAUAAUAGUAGAAGACACACUAUUGGGGGUUUUUUUGGAGGCAGCAGCGAAAUUUUGACAAAAAGAAGCCGAACCCUGCGUGUUGAGUAAGAUAGUUCAGCAGAAUUCUAGCUUGAUUUGAACAAUCCAUGCAAAUGGAUUCAGGGAGGUGCUGUGCAGCGCUCAGUACCUUUCUAACCUCUUUAGGUUUUUCUAUGCGUUGGACAUGUUUUGCUUGACAACCUAAGGACUAGAUACUUAGAUUUGUUGUUAUUGUUAAACUGAGAUUCUGAGGGUACUCACCCUAAUGCCAUAUUCCAUGCAUGUGGAAACCCAAAAUAUAACACCACCCUAACAACAGUUGAGGGGGAUAUUUCUGUUUUUUGCUGCAACCUCCUGAAACAGCCCACAGACAUAAUCCUGCCAAGAUGCUUCUCAGACCUAAAACUUGCUUCCAUGUUACGUUGUCAAGCCUAGAAGCUCAAAAUAAUCUCCUUAACGUAGACGCUUUUCUUUUAUUUUUUAGAAAUAUUCAUUCAAAACUACAGCGUUUUGUACAGUCCUUUAAAAAGACACCUUGUUGGCGACACGAGGCCCAGCCGCAUUCGAUCUCAACAUGUCAUUAGAGAAAUUUUCACCGAUACUUUCCAUGAGGUCACGUUGAGGAGCGAAAAGGUAAGGCUCUCUAGGCUCCAGCGGUCGGUUGCCUCUGCCUGCCUCCGUGGCUGAUUCUUGGUUUUGCAUCUGAAUGGCAUAGCCACGUCCUGUGGAAUAACAGCCACACCUUGACGAUGUCCUAAAAUGCAAUUGGAAAACGAUUCCCAUCUCAUCUGACCUGGCAUGGUGAAAAGAAAGGCUUACUUAGCACAGCUUAGCUGCCCCAGACCCCCGCUCUAGGUCCACAACAGAGGUAGCCCGAGAGCCCUAAAAGGUUAAUUUUGAAUUUCCCCUCUAUCCAACUUAACAACUUUUGUUGUGAGUUGGAGUGGGGAGUUCCCUUCUGCGUUUGUGUCCGCAAGUGGAAAACCAGAAAGGGGCCCUUGUAAACAUAACUCAAUGGCGUUAACAAAAAUGUGGGGAGGUGGGGUGCCACGGUGAAAGAAAACGACAACAUCUAAUCUUCCCUUCAUCAAACUCAGGACAUUUUGCUGGUCUACUAUGCUCCUUGGUGCGGCUUCUGCAUGUCUCUCAAUCACAUCUUCAUUCAGCUCGCCCGGAUCCUGCCUGCUGAUAACUUCCUUGUGGCGAGGUGAGUUUUUCUCCCUUCUUUCCAUUACAUUAAGUUACUCUUGGGACUGUUGCCCUCCAGAUGUUUAAGGCUGCAAUUCCCAUCAGCUCUAGCCUGGGGGUAAUGGGAGCUUGAGUCCAAAACAUCUGGAGGGCACCAGCUUGGGAAAGGCUGGCAUGUGCUCUUAAUCAAAGUGUAAGCCAGACUUUCCAUGUCUUGAUCAGCUGCCCAAAUUAGGGGAUUGUGUUUUAUUCUGUGAGUCUUUAGUGGGUAUGUGGAGCCAGGCAGAGCCACAAAGCCCCAUUUCCAGGUUUGGGGAAGUCCUCCAUCAGCCCCAUCUGCUUUUGGGGGUCUACCAAGCCACUGCCUGUACAAAAAAAUGGAACUGCAGAAUGAAACACAUCCAUGAGAAGAAAGAGAAUUCUACAGCUGUCCUCUAGCUUUUUAUCUGGAAGCCCAACAUAACACACAAGACCCCAGUUAGCUGAGUAAUAUCCCUAGUUUUUGAUAAAGGGAAGAACUGAACAAUUUUUACUGGGCACAUGCAAGUGGGGGCAAGAGGCUUAAGCUCAAAUGCUGAUGCUGAACUAGAGGAAACUGCCCCACAAAUAACAAUAGUUUAAUGAGAAAAGCUGGUGCUUGGAUUGAUUCACACAUAAUACUAAGUCAUGAUGUGCUUAGACAGAUGUGGUCUGUUUGAACAUGCAAAUGCAGCCCACCAGACUUACCAUGGCUGGCUUGUUUUUUGUCAGCAAACCUCGAUUCAUUGGCUUAGAAACCACAGUUUGUUGUAACUACGGAUUGGCAUUAUGCCUGAACCCAGCAGCCUUGCUUAGCCUGGUUUCUUUGGUCACCCUGACCCAGAUGCUUCCUAAGUUACAGAGCCAAGAGCAGUGGAAAACAAACCAAGCUUUGGAGAAAUGUGCCCAAGGCCUUGAACAAAUCACUAAGUGAGGGUUGGAAGAAGAGUAGUUUCUGGUGCAAAAAGUCCAGACUGCCUGGGUACCUUGAGCUGUGUUUGGUCAGUUUCCGUCAGCCAUUGUGAAGCUUGGCCUAUUCCAUGUGCAGCCUGCACACAUUUCCUUCCCUUCUAUACAUCCUGCCCUAUGAAAUCACUGAUAUUUAAAAGGUUAUUGGUAAUUCACUCUUAGUUGGUUCAAUUUUCUCCAUGUACGAGAACGAGAGCUUGCAUUUAGGAUGGCCCUGGGAUUCUUCUGUGUCAAGCCCUGAGUAGCUCUCAGGGCUUGACACUCUCUUCAGUGUGGUGUAGUGGUUCAGAGCGGUGGACUCAUAAUCUGGUGAACCGGGUUCGCUUCCCCGCUCCUCCACAUGCAGCUGCUGGGUGACCUUGGGCUAGUCACACUUCUCUGAAGUCUCUCAGCCCCACUCACCUCACAGAGUGUUUGUUGUGGGGGAGGAAGGGAAAGGAGAUUGUGAGCCGCUUUGAGACUCCCUAGGGUAGUGAUAAAGCGGGAUAUCAAAUCCAAACUCCUCCUCCUCCUCCUCCUCUCUCUCUCUCUCUCUCAUCAGCAUGACUCAAGGACAAUUGCUGGGCAGAUUAUACAGAUGUAUAUUUUAAGCUCUGCCCUUUGAAGAAACUGCUCAACAGUUAAUUAAAUGCAUGAUCUGCAAACCCCCACCCCACCCGGCAAGUUUUGCUUGUUCACCCACCUUAUUUCCAAGAUAAAUAACAAGUCCAUCUCUCUCUCCUCUUAUUUUAUUCAUUUAUUUCUUCUUUCUCAAACUUUCCAUCUGCGUCCAGGCCUCCUCUUUUGCUUGCCCUUGAAGGAAGCAUAUUCCAUCUUUUCGUAGCUUGAAGUUUAAUUUCUUCCCAUAGUUUCCACAGUAUCUUUAAGAAUAUCUUUCUGACUCUGCUGGUGAUGAUUGUUGGCCGUGUGUACCAUAUUCGUUAUUUUAGACUAGUAAUGUGUGUCAGGAGAACUGAAUCCAUGUUUGUUUGUUGAUUUAUUAACUGCUUAUAGAAAACCCAUAAUUAAACAAGAAAAGAAACAACAAAAAAGAGAAACUUCAAUGUCACCAUAGUGCAGUGUAGUAUUACACCCUAUUCUGUCAAUGAAGUUGCAGGAAUGCCCCUCCAGAAAGUUGUGUCCGGGGUGGGGGUGGGGGGUUCCCCACCCCUUGAGUUGUGUAACAGAUGAGCAGGUACCAAGUUUGAACAAAAAUAUCCAUCAGAGCCACUCCCCUGGCUUCCCUGCAUUCUUGAGUAAGCUUAUCAUCAAGUGCUAAUUGCCAGACUGUCUCAUACCAAGUUUUAACAGAAAGAUUGCCCACUUCCUUCCAAUUUCCAGUCUGACCACUACUAAGCAUAUCAUUACUAAUGGUUUGCAGUAUCUGGGGAAUAAUGUCUCCUGAGAAAAGGUGGAGAGGAACGUCAGGCAGAAUCGUUUGUCUAAUUAGCCAAGUAUAGAAAAAAAUGUGGAGCCAAAUGUGGAGUUCCAAACACACCCACCAUUGAUAAAACCCAUGUGUUUCAUAUACCCUCCAGUGAAGUGGGGACUUAGAGUUAAUGUAAAUGAGCUUGCCUGGUGUCCCAUGCCAGGGGUGGCUCAGUUUGAGCAUAGCCCCUUUAUUGAGUGCUGAGGUAGCUGACAGAGAAACCCGAGACCACAUGCCAGACUAUUGAGUUUCUGGAACUGGGCGGCCAGGAUCGGAUUCCCAUGCCAGUAGCCAUCCCCAUACUUAAUAUUCAGCAAAAGUGUAUACACCUUAGAGACCAUCGCCUUAAGGCACUUAGCAGCUGGCCUAAGAUCUUCAAAGGCUUCUCAGGGUGCAUGGAGCACCGUUUAUCCUUAAUAACCAGUUGGCAAGGGAGUAAAUUUGGAACCAAUUAACACACAGAUGCCUUAGGGCAGGCACCCCCAAACUUCAGCCCUCCAGAUGUUUUGGACUACAAUUCCCAUCAUCCCUGACCACUGGUCCUGUUAGCUAGGGAUCAUGGGAGUUGUAGGCCAAAACAUCUGGAGGGCCGCAGGUUGGGGGUGCCUGCCUUAGGGCAUCUUGACGUUUUCCAAUAGAGAGGGGCUUCCCGUCAAAACAAAGGUCACGUACCACGGUUGACUUCUCUGUUUCCAAGAAUAGAAUCAAUGACAAGAGGUUCCGGUGAGCCCCGAAGCCCCCACUCAUAGGGGGCAACGCCUGCUGCAUCUCUGUACGAGUCACUGCUCUGAGAGCACCUCCUUCCAGCCUUCCCCUUCUCUUCACUGCAGAAAUACUUGCAAUUGGAUGGCCUUGCAGGAGCAGAACGUUAAAAUGGUAAUGCAGGAAGUCAAUGUGAUAAACAUGAUACUCAUGCUUAAGUAUGUGCUCGGCCACUGAGUUUAUGCUCCUCUAUAAUCAGUGUGUUCGUAUUUGUUUUGCUCUCAUAACAGGAUCGAUGUUUCUCAGAACGACCUUCCCUGGGAAUUCAUGACCGACCGCCUACCCAGCAUUCUGUUUUUCCCUCAUGAUCGGUAAAUUUCCCCUUUUCUGGUUCUUUCUUCUGUGUUUUGAGGUUAAAAUGGAUCAUCUAUACAGGGUACCUUGGGUUACAGACGCUUCAGGUUACAGACUCUGCUAACCCAGAAAUAGUACCUCGGGUUAAGAACUUUGCUUCAGGAUAAGAACAGAAAUCGCAUGGCGGCAGUGGGAGGCCCCAUUAGCUAAAGCGGUGCUUCAGGUUAAGAACAGUUUCAGGUUCAGAACGGACCUCCGGAACGAAUUAAGUUCUUAACCCAAGGUACCACUGUAUUGACAGUUGCCUUAAAGCAGGGACACACUCCUCUCUCCUCCUCCUCUCCCCACCCUGACCAGUGGCUUGCCAGUGGAGGCUGCCUAGGGGCUGCCAUUGCCUGCCAGCUUCCUCUUCCUCUUUUGAGUUCCCUUUGUAGAACUCAGCAGGGAGGUAGCUGAGCGGACAACAAGAAUUAGUUGACUCUGCCUUUCAUUGGCUCCACCUGUUGUCAAUCUCUCUGCCUUCUGCCCAGCGGGCACCAGCCACCACUGGUCUGAACCAAUCACUUGCAAAGGGCUUUCAAAAAUUAGGCCUGCAUGCAGCCCAUGAGGCACAGAUUGCAUCCCCCGCCCCAAACCACCCCGGCUGUAAAAAGAAUAGAGUGGUCAAGGCUUCUCUUGGCUUUCCACAGGCACGCUGUGUUAGCUUUCCAUUCAGGGAGGCGGGCCUCAUGCCAGUUCUCAGCAGAUCCUGCUUAGAAGUCCUUGCUGAAUGGAAAAACAAAACACCAAGCUCAGUCCAUGUAGGCCUCUACCAGAAAGCAAUCAUUUGCGAAGCCUGGGUUUAAAUUCCUGCGAUACAUAACCUGAAACAGGCAACAAACCAGUCUAAUCGAGGUGGCUCCAUUUCCAUUAUCACUGCCGCUUUCCUCCUGGCGCUCAGCCACGAAGAUUUCAGAAAGCUCUGUUGACCUUAUUCCAGACAGCCUUAUCACCACCACCACCCUUGCAAAGUAGGUCAGUAUUAUCUUCUUGUCGCUCUGCCCAGGAGGUGGAGCCGAGUUAAGAGACUCAGCAGCUGCCUGAGGGUACCUUGUCAUAGCAGAGGGAAGGUCUGAAGCAGGGACCUCUCAGCCUUUUAGCCGCUAUUUUUAUUUUCCCCGGAGGAAUUCUGAGCAAAGGCUGCAGAGUUUCAGCGGCAGGAUCAAAACCCCGCUGCUAUCCCCUUGUUCCGCGUGCAAAAAUAGACAUGCUGCUCAUGUAAUCUGGAGUGCGCGAGGGGGGCUGGGAAUGCUGACUCUAGUUCAAUGACGAGUUAAUUAAUCUAAUUUUUUUGCUUUUAUUGCCUUGAAAGAGAAAGAAUGCAGUUAGCCACAGGUCCCCUUGCCUGUGCCUGCAGUUGUUUUGGAUUCCCCCACCCCCAGCUUCUUAGUGGUAGUUCGUGUCUUGCAUCUAAGGUGCAGCUGACAAUGUCAUUUGCUAUUGCUCAUAUACAGCCCCAGAGGUCCAUUCUGUGUUGUCUGUAGUAAUGGAGUCAGUGUGCGCUUCUGCAAACCUAGCAUUGUGCCGAUUAGGAACAUUUCAUUUAAUUUCAUUUCCAUUGGGAAGUUUGAUGUUGCCAGAGGGAUAUAUAAUGUAUACAUGGGAUUCAACAGAUGAGCAGUUUGGACUGUGCUUGUCCAAAGUUCACGCAGCUGCUUUCGUGAGCGUGUUUUAUGUUCUUGCCCCUGCGUUGUUUUUCUCUCUCUUCCCGCUCUGGUUGCAGAGUCAGGGGAAGUUCAAUCCUGUAGGAAAAACAAAGCUCACAGUAGGUGACCCAUAAAGUUGCAACUGGGACGUCUUCAAGCAAGGGCAAAAGCCGCUGGCUGGGCUUGUCAGGGCCAAGAUCCUCAGCUUGCCAGCCUCUCACUCCAUGGGAGCAGAGCAGGGCAAGGCAAGAGGGGAGUAGCAGCCUGCAGCAGCUUUUCGCAAGCGAGAUUUCGCAAGCCAGCCUGCUGCCACUGAGCACAGCCAGUAUUUCUUGCCCUUCUUGCUUCUGGGAUGGAAACUGCCUGGGCAGAUGCUGCAGGCAAUUUGAUUAAGCUGUCUUAAGUUUAGUAUCUAUCACUGAGUUCUAAAGGAAAUGCCAGUUUAUUGCACUGCCAAGCUGAUCCCCUUUGGACUACAGCUCCCCUCAGCCAGCACAGCUGAUGGGAACUGUAGUCCAGAACACCCAGAGGAACCAGCUUGGCGUGAUUGCACAAGAGACGGCACGCCAGGUUGCCGGCCAUGUGAAACACCUCAAAGCAAUCAAGCAGGGGCUUCUCAGCACAUCUAAAACAGGCGUCUGUGGAUACGUGAGCCAUCUAGAAAAAUGUUUUUGUGUAUGUGGACUUCUUGGUAAGGCGAUUCCAGCUCUGUUUUCCAGAGGCUCCAGUUGUGUCAUGUUUGAGCCACACAACUUUUAUCUCCCUCCUGGAUCCCAGUGCUUAGAAGCAUGCACAAGACCGCGCUAGGAACACCUCUUCCAAAAUCGUAUCCUAGGAUGCGGCUUCCGUAGCAGGGCAGGCAGUUUCCGUCCAACACAUUCCUGCCCGACUGGAAGCACUGAGAGCUUCUUAUGUAUUUUAUCUGGUUGCAGUCCCUCCAGCAACUCUGCUGUUAGUGUUAUACCCUCCUCCCCGGUAUGUGGAUAUCUCAGAGACUUGUAACUCACUGUUACAUCUGAACUAAAAUGGCCCUUCCACACUGGAAGAACCAUUUUGAGGGCAAAGGGGAGGAUGAGCUUGUGGUUGUUUUUUUAAAGCAACCCUUGUUUUGCAACCUCUCCCUUUGGGAGGUGGACUGUUGCCAUCAACAAUUCCACCACCCCAAAGCCAACCACAGCAACACACGAGUUCCCAGAGCCUAAUUUUUAAACUGGAAGUGCCACAGAUGGAACCUGGUGUUCAUACCACGUGCCCCUUUCCUCGUAGCAGAUCUCACCCAUUUCUCUAUCAACUUUUCCCAGGAAGGAGCAAAGUGUGAAGUUCCCUGCGGAAUUCCCGGUCACCCUUCCCAACCUCCUCAAAUUCAUCCUCUGCCACUCCAGCCAGCCCUCCCCUGCGUCCGGCCCGGAGCCCUGCCUCAAAGGUUGCCUUCGGCAGGAGGCGAUGCUGCAGCAAGGCCACAUCUCCCACUUGCAGAGGGAGGUGGAGAAGCUGAGAGCAGAGAUCCAGGCCCUCCACCGGGCGCAGGCUCAGCUCCAAAGCCAGCUCUCCGAAGCCAGGAGGGAGGGGCAGAGGCUCCAGCAGGAGACACGCAUCCUGAGGAAGCAGCAGGGGGCCUUGCAGAGCCAGCGCGAACAUUUGCAGGGGCUGUACGAGCAGAAGACCCGGGAGCUGGAAGACAUGGCCGAGAAGCUGCAAGAGCUGGCCGACGCCUCCGAAAACCUCCUCACGGAGAACACGCUACUCAAAGUGCUGGUGGCUUCGGUGGAGAGAGAACUGGGGACCAAAACCGAGCCAGAGUUCAGCCUUCCCAAGGAGGAGGAGGUAGAAGAAGCUGGCUUGGCUGCCGAACCAGCUCCGGACACUUUCCACGAAGCAGAGCAGAACGCCAACACGAUCGAGGGCAGAAUAGCUCCUGAGCACAGCAAAGAAAACUGGACAGAAUAGCUUUUGUAAAGCAAGACACACACACAGAGGGAACCCCACGCAAAUCAAGUUUAGUCUCAACUGAGAACAUCUUUAUGGAAACUUUAUUGAAAUUUCAUUGUAAAGACUUUUGCGGGGGGUGGGGGGGCUGGACUAAAUAAAAAUCAAAGGAUAUUUUUAUAAUGAGUCACUGAACCAGAUAGACGAAGCCUGCGAUGUUGACAACAGUCUGGGGACUGACUCUUUGCACUUUACAAUUGCACUAAUUUGAUAGCUUUUGUAUCAAUUUAACCUAAAUUAAAACGAUUUGGUUGGAGGACGGCAGUGUAAAAGCUCCUCUUCUUCUCCCUGCUGUGCUUAGUUACAAGCCAGAGCUCCUUUUGGCUGCAUCAGGUUUACCUCCACAGUUCAAAUUAAUUUUGAUUUAUGCUUCCUGGGUAAUUUCCAAAUUGGUCGCCUUCGCUACUUUCGUUUGUAGAAUCGACAGGAUUUAAAAAGUGCGUGCAAUUCCCCCAUCCCCUUCAACUUUACAAAAGGCGGGGGGGGCAUCCCACAGUCCCUUUUCUGAGCUUUUGGAUUUUAUAACUUUACCGACGUUUAAAACAAAAACACAAUUGCCCUUAAUACACAGUCCAUUGAGAUCUUGAAAAAUAAAAGGCAGAAAAGAAAACUAGCUUAAACUCCUCCUCAAAACUUGUUUUCUGGUUUGGAGAUGUUAGCAACUUCCAGAUCAUUUGGGGAGGAGGGUUCUUACAACUUGUGCUGUUCUAAAUUUCCUGUUGCUUGACUCACAGAUCUGGUAUAAAAGCAGUGGUUUUCUGGGCAACCCUGGGUUUCGGGAACUUAGCUGCAAAGCUCCAAAGCAUGCAUACGAUCUCAAAGUUGAUGGAGCCUUCUUUCUCCCUGCUUACCAGGACCUGUACAUAUGUUAAUGCUCCCUUGCACAAGACCCUAAGUCACAUUUGCAGCCUGAAGGAGUGGUGAUGGCCACAGCCUUAUACAGUCAUACCUUCGAAGUCGAACAGAAUCUGUUCCAGAAGUCUGUUCAACUUACAAAACAUUCAAAAACCAAAGCACGGCUUCCGAUUGGCUGCCGGAAGCUCCUGCAGCCGAUCGGAAUUCCCAUCCGAUGUUUGGCUUCCAAAAAUAGUUCACAAACCGGAAGUGUCACCUCUGGGUUUGCAACAUUUGGGAGCCAAAACGUUCGGGAACUAACCUGUUCGACUUCCAAGGUACGACUGUGGCUUUAAAGGGGGAACAAGACAAAUGCAUGGAGAAAAGGCAGUGCUAGUCAUGGCUGCUAAAUGGCACCAGUUGUGGGGGGGCAAGGAGGGGAAAGGGGUGUCUGCGCUCUGCUUGUGAGAUUUCUUGCAGACACCCGGUGGGGCCAUUCUUGGGGACAGGAAUCUGGAUUAAAUGGACCUUUAGCGUCUUGAAGCGGGGCUGCCUUUGCACUUUCUUUGGCAUUUUUCUGUAUUGGGGGGGGUAUUAACUUCCUCCAGCUGUUCACAAAAAUGUUAAAAUAAAAGUAUAAAUAAAAAGGAGGCAACAAAGCAGAUGGGAUGCCAGCAGCAGGGACCAAAAGCCAGCUUAAAAUAAUCAGCCCCAGGACAAACACAUACCUAAAACAUCUGGGCAAAUAAUUCUGAGAAGUUCUCAGGUACAGGACUGAAGAGGGUGCAAGCCAGUGGUGGUACAGUGGUUAGAGUGUUGGACUGUGAUCUGGGAGACCAGGGUUCGAAUCCCCACUCGGCCAGGAAACUCGCUGGGUGAAACCUUGGGCCACUCCCUCUCAGCCUAACCUACCUCCCUGGGUGGUUGUGGGGAAUUAAAUGAGGAGCAGAAGAGCUAUGGGGGACCACCCUGAGCUCCGUGGAGAAAAAGGGAUAUAAAUGCAACAAAUAAGAACCAAAACAGAAAUGUCCAGCCAUGCCCCCAGUUGACAGAGGGGCCUGCAUUUUAGGGUCUCUGCUGCCAAUCUCAAUGGGCGUGACUGCCCCAUGGCUCCAAGAUGACUUAGGAAAAAGACACUGUCGAAAGCAUCUUCCAGCAGCCUACUGCUCUACUGGUCUGUCUAGCUUGACUUCCCAAGGCUUCGGGUACAGAAAGUCCCAACUCCCUUACGCAAGGUCCUCCUUCAUUAAAAGCAGAGGUGUGUGAAUCAGGAACUCCUCCCUGCAAGGCUUCCCACAGACCCACCAGGUCUGCAUUAAAUAGUCAAAACUGAAUUUCUGUUGCAUUUUUAAAAAAUAUUUCUCGCAUUGUAUUUUAUUGCACCGCAGUUUUAAUUCAAUGGAACGUCAACUGUAAUGCGAUAAAAUACGGUGCAAGAAAUAAAAGCACUAAUGCAAUUAGGAAAACAUCUAGUGCAGCGCACUGCAAUUGCUGCAACAGGUAGAAAAUCAUUAAGUGAUCCACCAAAACCAUCAGUUUUCAAGUGGUCUGGGGUGUGGAGUUUUGGAAACCCUGUGCUAGUGAGCACAAAAUGCCACCAGAGCUGGGUCCUGCCUCUUCUACAUAGAAUUGUGGUGUUUGAAAGGACAUGGGGCUCAACCCACAACCCAGAUAUUAAGAGUCUCAUGCUCUACCACAUUUGCAGUGUCAGCUGAGCAGCGCUCGCUUCCACUAAUCCUACAGUGUGGCAUCAGCUGUGCAUUGGAGUCACAGAAUACGCACCUGUUGAGCAAUCAUUGAUCUGGACAGGGAGCACAAGGGAGAGUCGCGUUCAAGAACAGCGCCCUGAUUCUACACAUUUGCUUAAAUGUUCAGAAGGGCAGCUGGCACGCUUAGCAGAAACUGGGAGGGGAUCUGGGAGGGCACUUGAGAGGUUAAGAAGAAGAGUAGUUUGGAUUUGAUAUCCCGCUUUAUCACUACCCUAAGGAGUCUCAAAGCGGCUAACAAUCUCCUUUCCCUUCCUCUCCCACAACAAACACUCUGUGAGGUGAGUGGGGCUGAGAGACUUCAGAGAAGUGUGACUAGCCCAAGGUCACCCAGCAGCUGCAUGUGGAGGAGCGGAGACGCGAACCCGGUUCACCAGAUUACGAGUCUACCGCUCUUAACCACACUGGCUCAAGAACACAAGAAGAGCCUGCUGGAUCAGGCCAAUGGCCCAAAUAAGUCCAAGCAGAUGCCCACAAGGAAGACAUGAGCGCAAGAGCACUCUUUUCUCCUGUGGUUCCCAGCAGCUGGCAUUCAGAAGCAUUACAGUCAUACCUCGGGUUACAGACGCUUCAGGUUGCGUUUUUUUCAGGUUAUGGACCCGCCGAAACCCGGAAGUACCGGAACGGGUUACUUCUGGGUUUUGGCGAUCGCACAUGCGCAGAAGCACUAAAUCGCACUUUGCGCAUGCGUAGAAUCGCAACCCGCGCGUGAGCAGAUGUGCUGCUGUGGGUUGCAAACGUGCAUUCCGCAUGGAUCACGUUCACAACCCGAGUGUCCACUGUACUACUCUCUCAGUUAGCUUGUCCCAGGCAAGAAGCAGCUAAGAGUCCUAGGAGUGAGGGAAUAGUGCAGGCCUGCUGAAAAUGAGACUGUUGGCCUCUGCUCGAGCCACUUUUGAUCACACCCCGGGCUGCCCAAGCACCUGUUGCUUAAAAUCAGAGCUGCUGUUCCAGGAAGCGCCGUCCCCCACCCUUGCUUGCCUAUUCUUCUCCCAAAAAUGCCUGCAGCAGCCCUUUCCUACUGCUAAGCAACACAGCUGGCAACAAAUUCUAGAAGGGGGACAAAAGCAGGUGGAGUCAACUGGACCAAAGGGACAGAGGACUAUAUAACUCAAGAUGGCAUCCUGGGAGCUCCAGGAAGGGCUGGUAAGAGUGGAGAGCCGCUGCCAGUCUCUCUGUAGACCAGAAACCAGGAGCCCCGUGGGGAAAAGGGUGGCACUAUUGGCUGGAAGCUGAUAGCACGAUUAUUUGGGUGCAGCAGCAGUAGUCAAAAGACUGUAGUGAGCACCGCAACAGGCCUUUGCAGCUAGCUCCCCUUCUGCAGCUUGCUCCAGCCUUGCGUUUUCCUCCCUGGUGAGCAACAAGUCACCUUCGUUUCCAAGGAAGUUUAAGCGGGGAGGUAACAAGAGGCCUGCAAAUCUCCCUCUGCUAUCAAGUGUGGGAUGCCAGCUGCCACUCCUCUUGGGGACCUGCCGUCUGCUGUCUACGACACACACAAGUUUCCCAGCAGGUAAACAGAGCUGCAAAUCCGUCCCGGGUCCAUAGGAUGGUGGGGAAGAGCUCUGUGCUGGGUCCUCAGAAACGGCUCCUCCUAACCCCAUGGGGCAACAGCCUUCGUCUGCCACCUUGGGCGUUGUGCAAUACUGCUCGUCCUCCUCAGCUUCCAAGAGAACUACAGGCAGGGGAACAGCAGCGCCCUGGCAAGAGCAAGGUGAACGGGCCAUGCCCCUGUUCCUCUUUCGGCCUGGCUAGGCGAUUUGAGUUACAGCAAAAUGGCUUGAGAGGGGAAGUUUCCGAAAAGUAGGGGGUUAGCCGAUUUUGCAGAGAGCCUCACUGGUGAUGAGGGGGCUUUCCCAGAAAAAUAAAUCAGUUCAAUUUUUCUGUGCAAAUAAGUCUAAAUUUACACACAGUCAUUUGCAUUUUGAGAAUUCAGAGAAGUUUCUGGUGCCCUCAAACAACAGUAGCCAACAUGGUGCCCUUAAUAUGUUGCUAGACUCCAGCUCCCUUCGUCCCAGCCGAUCGACCAUGGGAGCUGGGGAUGGUUGGAGCCAAAGUCCAAAACUCAAGGGAACCACUUUGUCCACCUCUGCCUUUUAAUUGCUUAAUGAGCUUUUGAAGAAAAAUACCGGAUGGUUUACAGGGAAAUGUUCUGCCCCACUCCAGUCUUGCUUGAAAAAAUAAAAUAAGGGAGGGGGAGAAAGAGACUGUCUUCUACCACGAAACCUUACCAAAGAAACACAACUGGGGUCUUAUGGAAACCGGCAAAGAUGAAAGAAACAUAAACGAAGGACGGGACGUCUGCUCUGUCAAGUUAUUUACAGGAGCCCUGUCAUUUUAAGAAAGCAAACGGCAUUUUAUUUACAAAAUACACAGAUCCCGAGCUCUAUACAGCUGAGCGAAAAGUCAUGUGGAUCUUGAUAAAACAAGAGGUUGUCUACAAGUGUCCUGGCAGCCAGGAGUGCAUGUAAACCAUCAGUGCACCAGGAGAUAAAUUAGGGACUAGUUACAUGAGAACAGCUUUUAAAAGUGGGAGCCACAGCAGGGCGGGAAAAGCAUUUCUUUACUCACAUGCUUACUACCAAAGCAGGCCUGCUCAGCCACCAACCACCAAGUCCACCAGCAGCCUUCCGACUAUGUACCCAUAUUUUUGGGGGUGGGGAGGAGAAAACACAGCUGUCAUUAGCUGCUUGCUUCGGACUUGGUUCGAUGUGGCAGCUUCCUCACAGCCACUACGCUUGCAGAGCACUCGACAUCACUACGAUCGGUCACAGCGUCACCAAAAAGCACAUUUCUUUCCUUGCGCCUUUUUGCUUCGGCCCCCUACUUUAAAACACAUUUUUUUAAAAACCACAAUCAACCUGCAUUCCAGGAGUUUUUGAGCAGCCCCCAAGUCCAGAGAAAAUCCGCUCCCUGCUUCAACAACAGCUGCAACAAGCUACUAUGACUCGGAAGGGUUGCUCGCCAAUGGACAAGCGGGCGAUUCAGAGGACAGCCUCUUCGACCCUCAAUCUAGUAACCUUCCUAUCACACCUACCCGAAAAGGCCUUGAAGGAAAUAAUUGAGCAAGAGAUCCUUGCCUGCCAUAGAGAACAACACUUCCUUAUUAGUGCUGGGGAAAAACAUGGCAUCUAGCAAGAUCCCACCAGGAGCCAGGAAGGAGACGAUGAAGCAGCUUUGCAUCACCAGAAGCAGCUUCCGAUCAAGGAAGACUGUUGAGAGCGGAAGGUGGGCUGGGGGGCAGGAAGCAGGCUUGGAAAGGGAAAAUUGUGCCUUAAUGGAUUGUUGAUUUUCUAGAAUAUAGGUGGGGGGUUUUUUUGAAGGAAAUUGAAGCAUUAAAAAAAACUAAAAACACAGCUGCAACACCCCCCUCCCCAAAAA